CAGCUAUACAGAGAGAGCUCAGAGUGAACAGUGAUCACAGCUCCAUGCCUCUACCUGCCUGCCGGGGAGAGACCCCAACCUGCCUGGCACACAGCUGACCCACCCUUACACCCCUGGACAUGCUGGGCUAAGGAUGCCCUAUCUGUACCCAUGAUUUACCUAAUGUUGCUGGAGCCUCAACAUGACAAGGCAAGCACCCCUGAAAAGAUGUUUGAGGGGUCCAGGAAGAUGAGAAGCCUGUGGGAUGGGGUGAAGCUGGAAGUGGCUGGGGACAGCAGUCCUGUAGUCCUCAGCAGCUUCACCCAACUGGAUCCUGACCUGCCCCCAUUGGAGGUAAGAUAAAAGCCUUAAUAUUUGUGUUUAUGGGGUAACCAAAACAAACCCACACCUCCUAAUGGAGAUAAAUACCCAUUACUCCAUCAGUCCUUCUACUUAUACAUACAUUCUUCAAAAUGUACUGCUAUCUCACCCCAUACCCUUAUUAGUUUUCAUUAUUUUUUUUUUGUUUGUUUGCUUGUUUAUUUUAUUUCUAUUUUUUUCCUCUAAAUUAUUGUACUAAGAUCAAUCAUCAUUGAAUUGUUUUUACUUGAUACUUAGUCAAUUGUGCUUUUUAAAUUUAUUUAUUUUAAAAUAAUCUUAAAGGUAUACCAUUGCUACAGCAGUAUACAAUGUAAUUAUUUAGAUAAAUGCCCUUUCUUGCCCAUCUAUUGUGGUGUAGAAAAAGUCAGCCCUCCAAUAAUUUACUAUACAAUUUUACAUAGUCUCUACCAACUUUGGGUUUACUUUCUUUUCUCAUUCACAUCCAGUAGUGAAAUGGUUCUUUUUUUUUUUUGUGGCAGAAGGAAUUUUAAUCAUCAGUGGAUUAAAGUUAAAUGAAAAACCACAUCAACAUUUAAAGGGAUCAGUUUAUUGGGCAACUUAUAUUUCCAAAAGCCUUGGACUGCAAAGGGAAUUACAUGAUCAAAGCAAAUGAGAGAGCAGUCAGGGUCUUGAGCCAAAUGUAGAAUUACAAUGAACUGACUACAGCGAAGCCAUUUCCAUCAUAAUACUGUACAAUAUUCUGGAAUAAAUUAAUACAGAAAUCGGAUUUGCUGAAAGCUUUGUAAUGUAAAUUAAAGGCAGACCGCAAUGAUUAUGAUUGUUGUAAGCCAUAAGAAAUAUCAAUAAAGUUAUUUUUAUUGUACCUUUUAGUGGUUUAAACUAUAAGGAGAUUGACAGAACAAAGCACAAAAAAAUAGAUCAAAGGCUCAUGUUUAUGUUUUUUUUGUGUUUAGCAGCCCUUGAGGUAUUUAAAUCCAUUUUAAUUGUUUUUGUGUUCAAUUGGACUAUUUUUUUUUUUUUCUUUUUUUUUUUUUUUGUGAGGUGGAAGGAUGCCAUUGACAUGACAGGAUUGUGUCACUGACAAUGGAACUCUCAUAGUGUGAAUAAUACAAUGUUUCACAGGGUUUCCACGUGAUGUGUAGUAUGCUGUUUGUGUUGACAAUGUAUUAAUCCACUCUAAUCAAGAAUGUAUUUUGAGCAAUGAUUAAGAUGCUGACCUUUUUGGUAUCCUCUAUAUUGGAUGAGUGAAUGUAAAAUAUGGCAUAUGUAUCACAUUAGAUUUGGAUAACUAGGCAGAGUGUUGGGAGCUAAGGUACAGCAUUAAAUAGAACGUUCGACGUACAGCCCUCUAACAAUCCUCUGUGUUAACCAGAUGGUUGUUGUGAGUAGGGGUUGCAGUUUAACUCAAAAUACCUUAAUCUGCUGUAGAGUUUGCAAUGGAAUCUUGGCAAUAUAGAUAUAGCAAAAUUGCAGUGUACUCUGCGCUAUGGUAUAUGUUGGAGCUGUAAAUAGAUACAUUAGGACAUAAAGGCAGCUAUGUAAAAAUAAACAGGACUUGGAUCGGGCUCAUGAUUUGACUGGCUCUAUGUAUUUCAUCUGACCGCAAGAGUGCUGACAGUAGAUUUAAACAAGACCAGUUCACCAACGUGUGUCCACCUCUGCAUUUGAAUGCCUGCCCUGUAAGUUUUUUUUUUUUUUUUUUAAAUGUAUUUAUCAUAAGAAAAUGCUGUAUGCCCUAUGGCAGGUCACAUUGGUUCAAAUGAAGAGAGGGUUGGAGAAUAGUGGUCUCUAGUUUGCUAGACACCAAAAUUCUAAAAACUUUCAAAGUCUUCCCAAAUGUGUUUUUAUUUUUAUUUUUUUGUAUAUGUAUGUAUUCGUUUUAUUUUGUGAAAACAUAUCUAACCCUGUUUGAACUAAGAUUCAAUCUUUGUCAUGGCCCACUAAAGGUUAAAUUAGCAUUGAACAAUUUUUGUUUGGUAGAAGCGACUUUCUUUUCAUGAGCUGUUGAAUUCUGGAUUUCAUACAUCACUCAUUGCACAGUUCUAUGGCCAGUGUUGGGGUUUUACAAAUAUACAUUUUUCAAUGCUUUGCGGAUGUGCUUUCUCGAUCUCCUGAUAUUUAUAGUUACUCUUGCGCUAUGUUAGAAAGGCUUUCCUCUAGCAAUGUAUUUUGUUUUGUUUUAUGUUGUUUUUGGCUGAUGGUGAUGCAUUUAUUAUGAAAGCUUUUCCCAUUACACUAAGACAGCAAUAAUAGUCUGUUUAAGACGUUGAGCUUUUAAUGAAUAGAUGAAGCAGAUCAUCGGAAUUCACAAUUGCUGUGUAUGUUAUGCUACUUACAAACAGCUUUUCUCCAUUGCUCCCUCUGAGGAUUGCCCGAUAACUUUUACUUUACGACUGCUAACUUCAUAAGUCUUACCUCAGAAUUUUUCUUUUUAAAUGAUUUUUGCAAUUAGCUUUCUUUUGAAUGUACACUUUAAAAUAUGACUGGUGCUGUGAGGGUUAAAGCUAAAUGGGGGAAAGUGUAUUGUUUAUAUUCCCCAGAGUUCAAAGGGGAAGGGGGUAGAUUUUGUGGUUUACAGUUAUCCCAUUUCUCCCCCUCCCCAUUUCUUACAAAUCACAUGGCUCACUUAAUGCCUUGCAGAUGCUAGCCUGGCUCCUUUUUAUCUGGGUUACCAAAUUCCUCUGCAUCCUCUCCCUGGGAUACUGGAAUGGAGAGUAAGGCCAAUUCUGCUGACUGCAGUGUUUGAGGGGGUGGAAAAGUGUUCUAAAAACUAUGCGCACUAUUUAAACAAACAAAUGGCAUAUAAUAUAGCACUCAGCCCCUAUGUAUGUGCUUGACAGCAGUAUAAAUGCUCGGCUUUGAACCUACCAAAACAGAUGAAUUCUGGGAGAAAAUGGCUGUAUUUUUAUAACAAUGCAGGAUUUAUAUAAGGCAAAGCUACUAAACCCUAAAGAAGUGACUUUGUUGAGGUGGUUAUGUACAUUCUCAUAUCUUACAAGACUUUUUUUUAUACCACUGUGUGAGCGCCAGUACGGGGAAAUAUGGGGGAAUGUCCUUUUUGAGACUCUGGCCAGAUUUAUAUAUUUUUGUUCUGUAAAAAUGGAUGUGAGUUAAGGUCGUUAUGUCACGUUUUUCAUGUUUACGUCCAUGUUUGAGUGCGUGGUAUAAUUUUCAUCGUAGUUGCUUAGAAUGCACAAUGCAUAUGGUACAUAUGAUGUUGCACACAUGGCUGAAGCGCAGGUGUGUUGCAUCAUACAUAUAAAUCGCACAACCUGGCCUUCAGUGCUUGCCUUAGAAAGUUAACUUGUGUGCCUAAACUGGUCGAAUAUAUUUUGUGGUUUUGUCAUAUUUUAUAGUUCAUUAAACACUGCGGAUGUAUGCAAAGUCUCUCAUACAUUUUGGUUUUCAAAGGGGACUAUAAACACUGAUCGAGGGGAGGAAAUCCUCUGGUUUUAGCAAGUCCAUUUGAACAUUGUAGUGUUUAAGAAUGGCAAAAUUGAGGCUACAUUACCUGAUUUGCAUAAAUUAAACAGUUCAAAAUUACAUGUUUAGCGAAUGAGUGAAUAACCCUGUUAGGGACACCUCUAGUUUCAUAUCCACUUUCACCUUUAAAAGUAAUUUCAAUGUUAUGUGUGCUGCUUCAUAUAGUAAUAAAUAGAUUUCUGUACAUUUUAUGAUAUUUCCACGUCUACGCACAGUCCAUUACAGCCAGUCUGCCCUGUUGAGUACUCCAUUGACUUUCUAGGCUUGCAGUGGCAAGUAACUUAUAAGGCCUGGCUAGAAGCUGAGGGAUUGAAAUUUUAAGCCCUGGUUUACGUCAAUAUUUAAUUAAUCUUUUUUUUUUUUUGCCAUUGCAUAUUAUGCCCUUGGCAAAAAGGACCGAUUUUGCUGUAAUACAAGUUUUGUAGGUGAUGGGUGUGAUUAUUAAAAAAAUAAAAUAAAUUUCUAUUGAAUUCUAUAGAGUCAGCAUUCAAUCUGUACAUUUACGUCAGUGCAACUUAAGACAAGAGCAGUCUUUGAGGGCGAACAAUAUACCACUACUCAAAAGAUUGUUCAAAAUAUCUCUUCAUUGUAAAGUCACCACAAUAAAGCUUUUUAUUUUUUGACAAAUAAAUGCCCAGAUACCAAACGUAGGACCUGUACAGGUUUGACAACUGUUUACGUACGCAUAAAUCCACUCUGCAUCUAUUUUUGUAUUUUUAUUUUUUUUUCCAGUGUGAUGGAUUUACAUAUAAUCCUUGACAUGCUAUAUAGUGACUUGAUACAAACGAUAACCAGUGUUUAUCUCCUUUUCUGAAUCCAUAUGGCGAAACAUGCAUAUGUUGUUCACUUGAAAAAGAAAGUUGAUGUCUAUAAACACCCACCAAGGCAGCUCCGAUACAAUACCUUAGUUGCAAACUGACCUAAAGGUGUUGUUUUCUGAUUUGCAUAAACCUUUAAAAAGAGGUGGUUGACAAAGUGGUCUUUUGCACAUCAAUAUCUCUCUAUUUUUUUUAUUUUGUUACUUGUCUGUGACCUGCAACCCCUAUCAUUCUUGACCAUGCCGGCAGAAUGAUGGGAGUUAUAAGCCAGCACAUUUGUAGCCAGCUGGAAAAAAACACAAACAAGGCAUUACAAAAUAUACUUUAGGUUCUGGACACAAGAGCUUGCAAUCAAAUAAAACCGUUUCUUUAUUUUAUCAGGCUAUUAAGUCCUUUAGGAAGUGAAACCAGCUUUAGUUUACAUUUUAUGAUUAAUUGACUUCACGGUCUUUGUUGCACAGAUUUCAUUAAGUUCAAGAUACCUUUCACUUUGAAAAUCCUUCAGUAGAACAAGUACUAAUAUCCUACUGUGCUUUCUACAUGAAGCUUUGGAGGGUGUUGUGUAUCUGUUACAUUAAUUACUGAUGGUGUAGGUAGAGAAAUUACCAAAACACUUUUUAAUUUCAAUGGACCGGUCUUCACCUGAUUAGAGGUGUCAUAAACAAACCAUAAUAACAAUUGAUAGUUUCUUUAAGAUGCUAUAAAAACUAUACUCUUUAGCUAAGCACUUGUUUUUUUGUUUUUCUACAUUGAUUAAUCUCCUGUUGUGCCCAUUGUUUUGUUUGUUAUAGGCAGGUGAACUGUAGAUAUCAGGUUGGGCACCUUGCUGCAGUUGUUUGCAUGUCACAAGUUCCAUGAAAAUUGGUUUGUAGGUUUCGCUGCAAAACAGUAAUAAUGCACAAGUGCUUAAAAGGUUAAUCUAAGCACUAUAACCACUGCAGUCUGCUGUAGUAGUUGUAGAAACAUAGAAUGUGAUGGCAGAUAAGAACCAUUUGGCCCAUCUAGUCUGCCCAAUUUUCUAAAUACUUUCAUUAGUCCCUGGCCUUAUCUUAUAGUUAGGAUAGCCUUAUGCCUAUCCCACGCAUGCUAAAACUCCUUCACUGUGUUAACCUCUACCACGUCAGCUGGAAGCAAAAUGGGGAAAAUCACAGGGUGGUAGUUUCUAUUUACACGUAUUACUAAAGUAUUUUCUAAACACUUAAAGGGAUUAUAUAUAGUGUUGGGGAAUACAAACCUGUAUUCCUAAUAUUAUAGCGCCCUCUGCCCCACUCCCCCGUAGCACAUAAAGGGAUAAAAAUAAAUUUUAUUUACUUAUCGAAUUCCAGCGCCGGGGGGAGGACGGGGACGGACUUAAUGUGCAUGCAUGGUGAGCGCAUUAGGCCCUCCCUAUAGGAAAGCAUUGCCACAAUGCUUUCCUAUUGGGAUUUCACUGACACCUGAUGUCCUCAUGCAGAGCAUGAGGACGUCCAGCGUCGUUUUAAUGGAGUGAAACUCCAUUAGAAACCAGGAAGUGCCUCUCUUGGCUGUUUGAUAGACAGUCACUAGAGGCAGUCUUAGUCCUGCAAAGUAAUCUAAAAAGGGAGAUAUUGCACCCAGACCACUUCAAUGAGAUGAAGUGGUUUGGGUGUCUGUAGUGGCCCUUUAAUCGAGGUUCACUAAUUGGAAAGUAGGGCAGAUGUCUCAACAUGGAAAAAAUGUCAUGUGAAGCAAUAGAAUCAAUAACAUUGCUUUAGUUUCCAUGGUGACUGCUUCACUUUCAGAAUAUUGUUCCACUUUUCUGUUAGGAACAUCUAAGCUUUUUUUAAAGGAAAAUCUUAAUUUCUCUGGAAAAUACACUAUUGAUUUAAAAACAACCACUGAAAAUCAACUAUUACUUGUGUUUCAUUUUUUAUGUGAUGUUCCAUUUUCUUUUAAAUGUAAUAUUGUAUAUGUUAUACAUUUUAAACACUCCUAUAAUCUGUAGGCUGUCACAAAUUGCAAGCAACUUGGUAUUUUCUUUACAUCAUGUUUUUGUUAUAUAUUUGUUCUGCCAUAUUUUUAUCACUCCAGAUUUUUGGCGCUUUAUAAAGAAAUUAUGAAUACUGAAACAUCCCAGGAUGAGCUAGGUUUAUAAUUUUUACUUACUGAGUGUAAUUUGGCAGAGCGUGAGUAAGGGCUGCAUAAAACCCUGACAUUUGUACCUUAUCUGCUGUAAAGUUUAAUAUUUACCUUCAGUGACCUUUAACCCCUAAACGCAUUGUCUUAUCUGCUUUUAAAAUAACUACCCUGAGUGACAGUGGAAUGCGUGUUUAUGAAUACAGUUUUUUUUUUUUUUUACAUGAUAAAAAAAAUCCCUGCGAUGUUGUGGGGGAAGGGAACAUAGUUGUUGCAUGUACAAGUUUUUGAAAAAUCUCCUAAAAAAAUCUUGCCGCUUGGCACCCAUACGAGGCAUAUUAAAGAGAAUAGGAUAUUGCAUUUUUCAUUAAUUAAAUAAUGAGAGAUUUGUUUUUUAUUUGGAGUUUUCUAAGUUACCCCUUAGGUUUUUUUGUUGUUUAGAUUUUGUUUGGUUAUUUUGAUCUUUUUCAAUACUGCAGUGGCACCCUCUCUUCAUGGUUGAAAGAAUGCUACAGGUUAGACCUGCCACCCCAUAUUUUAUACCUUAUAGCAGGGUUGACUGAAAAGGUAAAUCCCAAAAUGUUAUAGAACUUCUACUUUCAUGAUGCUUUGCCUCUCAAAUAGCAAAGCAUCAUGGUUGUUGUAGCUCCAAAACAUCUACCUUUUUGGUAGUUUUUCAUUAAAACAGAUCCUCUAAAAAGUAUAAUCUUUUAUAUUUCAGUGACAUCCUCAGCAAGCAAAUGGCUAGGAUCUUUUGGCUAAUUGUAGUCUCUAUAUAUUAAUUACCGGGCAUGUAUUACAUCACACAUACAAACUUAUGUAACCAAUUUUGUUAAGCCAAAUGGGGUUAUUCAAUAAACACAGAAUUUUACUCCGUUAAAUCCAAAUGGCAAAAUUUAGGCUAAAUUGCUGAUAUGGAAAAAGUUAUUUUGCCUCUCUAUAGUCACAUCUUGGCUAUUGUAGCCUAAAUUUCGUAAUUUGGAUUGAAUUUUUAACAUUUUAGUGUUUAGUGCAUAACCCUUAAACAAAUUACAGCCACUCAUACGAGUGAGCUACCUGCAACUUUCAUUCACUUGCAUGGGCAAGAAUCUGACAUGAAUUUGACAUCCUCUGACAUUCCGGCUGAUUUAAACUGCAGUUCACAUUGACCGACUGAGAGUACUACUAGUUGCAGUCACAGCAGUUCUUUCCUUGCUUACUAAAUCAAUUCAAAACCUUCAGAGCUAUCACAAAGGGUUUGCAAAACACCGCCAUGUAUUUAAAGCUUCUAUCAACAAAGGGGAAGAACAUUUAAAGGGUUAAAUUAUGUAACAUAACUAGCAGGAUGAAAGGCAGAAUUCUGAUGCUCGGGGUGAAUUUUUAAAGGAUCCAGAUGAUGUGUAGGAAUCCAUCCCAUUCCUUUAUUUGCUGAUAUUUCUGUCCGGAAUCCAGUGUAUUUUUGUUGGCUGAAGUUAAGUUUCUCCAGCUGUUGAAACAUGUGGCUCAGCGGGAGGCCAGGCCUUGUUAGGGCAACCAUUGCUGUAAUAAGUGAAAAUGUAAAACAUGCAAAUUAAAAAACCUAAAUGCACUCAGGCUUUGGGUACUCUGUCAUCUUUGCUCAACAUGUUUUCAUUCCGCGUGGGCGCCAGGCGUGCACAGUUAUAACCACUUAGCAGUUUAAAAGUUCUGUGCUUACGGAUCUGUAAAGUAUAUUAGGACAGAAAAAGUUUUGAAAUAUAGCUAUCCUUUGUAGCCAUACAGAAUCUUUAGUAAUCGAUAAGGAAGCCUUAAGGGGACACUAUAGUCACCCAGACCACUUCAGCUCAAUGAAGUGGUCUGGGUGCCAGGUCCCUCAGGUUUUUACCCUUCAGAUGUAAACGUAGCAGUUUCAGCGAAACUGCUAUGUUUACAUUGCAGGGUUAAUCCAGCCUCUAGUGGCUGUCUUCCUGACAGCCGCUAGAGGCGCAUCUGCCAUGCUGGAUGUGAAAUUCGCAUCCAGCGUGCAGAGCGUCCAUAGGAAAGCAUUGAGAAAUGUUUUCCUAUGGACUGUUUGAAUGCAUGUGCGGCACUUGCCGUGCAUGCGCAUUCCGCUUCACUCUGGAGCCGACGUCGGCAAAGGAGGAGAGGUCACCAUUGCCGAAGGAGCCUAGCACUGGAUUAAGGUAAGCUGCUGAAAGGGUUUUAACCCCUUCAGCGCCAAGGGAGGGGGACCUUGAGGGUGAGGGCACCCUUAGGGCACUAUAGUGUCAGGAAAACCGCUUUGUUUUCCUGACCCUAUAGUGAUCCUUUAACUCCUGAUAAUCUUAGAAAAUGUUCACCAAACCUAAAAUUUAGGUGGAUUGUAAAGAGAAUGUUAAAUUGUACAUCAAAAGAACAGCAAAUUGAAAUGGUAGGCCGAAAUAGCUGAACCGGAGCAAUUAUACAGUUUUUCCCAGAUCAGCUGCCCUGCUCUGACCUGUACUGUUCCCUAGCCAAUUUCAGGCAAUUCCUAUUUGUGUUUUGAUGUACGGUUCUUCUACAAAGUCUUCCAGUAACUCAUCUAAAAAGUAAGACCUUUUUUUUUUCUCUCUUUCUUUUUUUUGGGGUUAUUUAUAAAAAGGCAACCCUGGGGCAGUGUUCUAAAAGUGGAGUAAUGGAAGAUUCCUUUGUUUUCAAGGAGAUUGAUCCACUUUUAGAACACUGCCCCAGGAGCGCUAUGUAUAAAUAAACCACCUUUGUAUUUCUAAUAUAUUAUUCCGCCAUAGACACCCACACAAAACCUACCUUCAUGCUGCAAUAUUAAUCACAUCACAAAUGGAAGCUCUGCUCUCUGGGUUAGAAAAUGUAUUUUCCUAAAUGACAUUCGCCCCUGGGAACUGAAAUGUAGUAAAAAUAAUUUUAAAUGAAUUUAUGUUUAUCUGACACCGGAGCACAAUAGCAAAUCGCCUGCAAACCAAGCAUAAGAUGGAUACAUUUUCAUUGUUUUGAGAAGGUUUUAAAUUGUCUACUUUCAUUAAAGGACAGCGUGUGCUCAAACGGUGAAGUAUGUUGCAAAGGAUUGCUGCUUGCCUAGAGGGGGGUACAUAUUAAUUAUGCAAUGCGUGGGGUGGAGAUGAUUUAUGUCUUUGAGUUUGCCAAGAAAGCAUCAAAUAAGAUGAUGAUGUAUUCCAUGCAUUUUGUUACAGCCUGCAAUACCAGGACUGAGAAUGGGAGAGAAAGAAAUCUUGGCGCAGGGUAAACGUUAACUGGUUGAAGCAGUGAUAAGCUACCUCUAUAAGCCCAGGCGCUGCAGAUGUCAGGAGAGUGACUAUAUAUCCUGGCUGCUUUAGUUCUUAAAGGGAUAGGUACUCUAAUCUGGUUUUGUGAUGCCAUGCACACAGGCAUCGAGCUUCCAUGGCUAAAUCUGAAACCAUAGGAAGUAGGUAUUCUCCGUGGGUAUUUGGUAGGGCGACUGCGUUUCGUGACUGAUCAUGUAUGCCUAGAAAAACAUAUGCAUACUUAAUGUCUGUAACAAUAAAAAGUAGACUGCAUGUAUUUUUUAUCAUACUGUUUACUUAUAAAAUCUGCAUUUUAAUCAUCUGAGAGUCCAGGGGACAGCGCUGACAAUUGGAAGUUGAACAAGGUUGUUAUUGUUGAGAUUUGUAGGUAACGGCUGAAGAAAUGAAAAUGGUCCAUACGCAUAAAAAUGACUUCCACUCUUGAUGAAACCACUUCCCCCAUAGUCAAAGAGUGCAAUGAGCAUGUUUUAAGUGUUAAAAGAUUUCAUUGGUUAUUCAUAUGGUGUCUGUCAUCGCUAAUUUCUUUUAAAGAGUCAUUUUUGUUUCAGAUUUUCAUAGAUUUUUAUUUUUUUGUUUUUUUUGUUUUUUUUUGUUCUUGGCAGUGGCUCAACAAAAACACUAUGGAACAAUAAUAUUUAAAGUUUUUAUUUAAGGAAGGGUACCAUUUAAUGUGAUUAUUUUUCCUUAAUUUUGAAAUCUAUUACCUCAUUUUGCUUGUAGAAUAAUAUAUAAAGCUGGAGAGAGACUUUUAUCUUAUAUGGUAUUAACAUUAUUCUGAUAUUUCUAAUUAGCUGAUGAUUGUGUUGAUGCGUGAACAUGUGUUUUGGGUUUGUUUAAAUGGCCCAUAUUACUCUCUAUUGAGGAAAUAUGUCAUCAUGGAGCAUUUAAAUCCCUUGCAUCUCCUUCAAGGUGGUCCUUGGUAUGAGACAAAGUAUUAGAAUGGGGCUUAUAGAAUCUGGGACAAAACUGAAAAGUGGAUCAGUCAACUGGGACAUUCCAUUAGUUUCCAUGGUAACUGCUCCAUUUUUAGAUUCCUAUUUGUAGAUAAUCCACAGAGAAUUGCAUGCUUGUAACAGUGCGGUUUGUUUACUAAGCUAGGGGUUUUUAGAAAUGACUCGGUAAAUAACAUUUUUAUGCCAAAAUAGCUUAGCAGGAUUCCCGCUUACCCCACUCCUACUCCCACCAGCCCCUUUGCAGUAUCAUUUCAUUACCUUAUCUCUAUCAGGCUCUUAUCCCACUUAAACCUUCCAUCUUACCAGACAUAGACAUCCCUAUCUUAUAUUAACAAGGACAAUGCAUGUAGAGGUUAAUGGGACUUUACACUUUAUGGGAAGUUGACUUAUCUUGACCUUAGAGUCACUAACUCUACUAGUAGAUAGGUAAUUAUUUCUGCCUUUCUACUCAUGUGCACCAGAUGUUGAGGCUUUAGGCAGUGACUUACCUGCAAAACAUAUAUAUUUUUAUUCUGACUUGAACCGAGAUGCAAUUAUGAAGGCAGAGCUAUGGGGUUUAAGUGAUCCCAUAAGGAUCUAGCUAUGUUUUAUUUAGCAUCAUAGCUCUUCCUGUUUAUGUCUUAUUUUAUUGGCUGUAUAGCCUGUAUACUUGUCAGUUUUUCUUUUAGGAAUUGUAAGGAUUUCAAGCUUAAUUUUAAAUCUUAGACCAAAAUAGCCAAUUGGAAAAUUAACAAUACUAUCAGUUGUUCUUUGGUCUAAAAUGUAAAAUGUAUUUCCCACUGAUUCAAACUUAAAUGAAAAACUGUGCGCUUGUGUGUCUAUAGCAUACUGUAUUUAGGCUGGUUGAGUAUCAUGGGAAAUGUAAUUCACAAGCAAAUGCAGAGACAGGUUUAGGUUUUCAGUAGAUUAUCGCUGGUGAUUUUUUAAAAAAUGUUUCUUUGACUUACGGUAGAUUUAAAUGAUUUAUUCUGAAAAUGUGAUUAAACUUUUCUGUUUUCUCCUCCCUAAUUUCAUUUUAAAGAGUUUUUGAUAAAUCUAAUAUUUUACUAAUAUGACACCAUGAACACAGGUUAUAUAUACAGUAAUCACUAGUAUUCUUCCUGCUUUACAGGUCAGGGUACAUUGUUUAUUUCAAUGCACGUGUUGAAAAAUGUCCACAUAGUUGACUGAAACAUGACAUAUAGGUAAUCACAAUGACUUUUUUUUUAAAGAAGUCCUCGGGGCAUUAUUUAUUUUAUAUAUAGAUAAUAUAUACUGUUAAAAAAAGGUAAGUAAUAGUUGAUGACCACAAUGCCCCAGCCACCCUCCAAGAACUAAAGAGCAGUGUACUGAUCAAAGAACACCAACGUGCAAUGUUUGAUACAGGCAACUAUAUAUGUAAAUCCAGCCGAUCUAUUUAGGGCAUCGAAAGCCGAACGCUCGGAAACUAAGAAGCAGAAGUGAGACUUUUUUGGUAUUUUCCAAAGUGAGUUCAGUGCAACUUUACAGAUGUGAUAUUAAGUUAUAAGUUCCCCCCUUUUUUUUUUCCUCUCUCUUUCUUUCUUUUCUCUCUCUUUCUUUCUCUCUUUGUUUUGUAAACUAGCAAAACUCAUAAAAAGCCCUAAAACCUUACUAUGUAAUGCUGACCUAACAAGAGAUUGGUUUGCCAUUUUGUGGCAAACUGAAAAUUGCAUCAAAUUUUUUAUGUAAUUAAAGGACCACUAUAGGCACCCAGACCACUUCAGCUUAAUGAAGUAGUCUGGGUGCCAGGUCCAUCUAGAAUUAACCCUUUUUGCUGUAAACGAAACUGCUAUGUUUACAUAUGGGUUAAUACAGCAUCUAGUGGCUGUCUCAUUGACAACCGCUAGAGGCGCUACCGCGCUUCUCACUGUGAUUUUCACUGUGAGAAGACGUCUGCGUCCAUAGAUAGACUGGCUUAAUGCGCACGCGGCUCUUGCCGCGCAUGCGCAUUCAGCCGAUGAUGGCGAAAAGGAGGAGGAGAGUUCCCCGCGCCGAGGGAGCCCGGCGGGGGAAAUCAGGUAAAGAAUUAACCCCUUACUCUCCCUAGAACCUGGCGGGAGGGGGACCCAGAGGGUGGGGGGGACUUAGAGACCCUAUAGUGCCAGGAAAACGAGUAUGUUUUCCCGGCACUAUAGUGGUACUUCAAACUGUGAAGAACAGUAAACAGAACAUCACAUUGUAAACUUAAGAUAAAAAAAAUAAACUGUAAACCUUUUAUAUUGGCCUAGAUUUUAGUCGACCACACUUCAUAGUUUAAUUAAUAAACCCCUGAGAAUCUGUUACUCGCCAGCUGCAAUCCAUUGUUUUUCAUUUCCUAUCCUACGUUCAUUUCCUCCGUUCCAUGGUAAACCACCACUUUUUUUCCCCAGGAGAACAGAAUGGAACGAAGCAGGCCGUACAUAUUCUACAAAAAGCUUUGUCGAAGUCACUAGAUUAAUAUGGCUGCUUUUUAUACAACUAUACUUAUUUAAUGUAUUUGAUCAGUAAAUAACAUAUUUAUUAAUAUGAUGCCUGAAGGCAGUUAAAAGGAACACUCCAAUCACCAUAACCACUACAGCCUGCUGUAGAUGUUAUGGGCCAAGAGUAUUUUGUCGUCUUCCCAGUAUGUAAUUUGUCAGAUCGUUUCAGAAUGUUUUGACAAAUUGCCUGGGUUUCGCCUUGCACCCAUGCCACAUGCCCAAAGGUCAACUGAGCUAAGAAGGGAUACGCUCACUGGCAGUGAGCAUCAGCUGAGUGCUCUUAACCAAUGUGCCGAUCCAGGCAGGGUUAGUACUUUGUAAGAGCCGCAUGUAACCAGGUAAGCUAUCUGUUCAAAAACGGAUUGAAUACUGUACACUGUAGUGGUUUUGGUAUAUGUAGUGACACAUAGUGCUGAGUGUUACACUUAAAAAAAACACACCUGUAUUUAAAGGGACAUUUUCUGAUAUACAAAUACCAGAAGCCACAUAGCCAUGACUUUUAAACCUUUUUUAAUUUAAAAAAAAUUAAAAUUUAUAUUGAUCUUUAUUGAUGUAAACCGUUGGAGCUCAUUAGAAAUUCUGACUCUUGUGCAGUCCUUCUUCUCUACAAUAAUAAAAAAUGUGUCCAGAUCAUUCCAUCCUACUGCAGCUUUUGAGAUAAAAUAAUUGAACCAUACCUUUCAAAGAAAAAUAUUUAUUGAAAUCAGGAGGCUGUGUGAUUGCGCACUCCAGAAUUGCCUUACAAUUCCAUCUGAUAACGUUCACCUACAGAGUCUCUAAAAACUGAUAUGACUGUAUCUCGCCCUUGAGUUGAUAGCUGAUGCAUGAAAAUUCAACAAUUUUCUAGUCUAGUAAUCACGAACAAGACCAUUUCCAUCAGGAGAUGGUACCCUGCAGGGAUCUCUGUAUGGUUAUGGAAAGCUGUUGCAUUAGAAUGGAGCCCUGCAGGAUCUUGCUUUAUAGCUGUUUUAUCGAACAAACUGAAUUGUUUGAAAGGCAUGGAUUUCAGGGAUACUAUCUUUAUCAAGUCUAAUGUAUUUUAUUUCAUAAAAGGAGGAUCUCCAAAAAUAAAUACUGUUCCCAAAUAUUUUUUUAAUCUAAUAAAUUUUUUUAUUUUUUUUUACAAUUACUGCAAUACUCUUAUAUUGCCUCUGUUUGUUUGAUUAAUAAGGAUACUGAAAAAUCUGAUGGGUCCGAACUAUCUCUCCAUAAUAUUUGGUGGGAGCACAUGUAGGUUGAAUUCAGCUGAAACUCUGAAAUUUUAAAUAGCAUCUUAUAAUUUUCUAGCACCUUAACUAUGGCUUGUGGUACAAGGACUAUAAAUAUAGGUGAUUUGUUUAUAAUAGUCUUGUUUUUAAAUAUUUAUCAAUACUUAACAGUGAUGGUUCGUCUUGGCACUCCAGAUUUCUCCAUGACGUACAUUAAGCCAUUAAUAGGGUUUGUGGGGGUUCCCUAAUGCCCAGAAUCUGUCCUGACAUUUUCUUUGUAACCGAGCGAACUUAGAUCUUCUAUAAAUCAUCAAUAUAAUCAAGUGAAGACCAGAAUGUCAUAAGUUCAUUACAUCUCUUUACUACAUUUUACAGUACACAUCAAAUGUAUUUUUCAAUGUAUACAGAUUGGUUUGAAGGGAUACUAUAAGUGCCAGGAAUACAAAGCUGUAUUCCUGGUACUAUAGCUCCCUCUGCCUCCCCCUCCCUUGCGCCCCCCACCAACGUGAAUAAAGGGAUAAAAAAAACACCUUUAUUUACUUACCUUACCCUAGCGCCGAUGUGCCCUGAUCGUUGGGUUGCGGCUCCGCCUCCUCCUCCAAGCAGGCGCUAAUGCACAUGUGCGGCAAGUGCCGUGCACGCAUUAGACCUCCCCAUAGGAAAGUCUUGAAUCAAUGGGGAAGAAUGUGACAUUGAAUGUCCUCAUGCAAAGCGUGAGGUCGUCCAGCUUCAAUUACCGAACCAAAGGUCCGCAAGUAUCCAUGAAGCACUUUCCGUGGCUGUCUGGGAGACAGCCACUGGAGACAGACUUAGUGCUGCAAUGUAAACAUUACAAUUCCAGAGAAACUGCAAUGUUUUAAAUUGCAGCGCUAAGUGCAAUAGGGACACUGUACCCAGACCACUUCAAUGAGCAGAAGUGAUCUGGGUGCCUAUAGUGUCACUUUACCUUACUAAACAGUUGUGAUUAAAAAAAAAAAAAAAGCUAAAUUCAGGACAAGAUAGCUGAAGUGAAACACAUCAACACAUAGCUCACUGUUUAGUGAAUAAACUGCACGAUGUAUAUUUUUUUUUUUUUUUUUCUCUUUCUACAACCUCCCACUUGAAUGAAAACCAGAUGGGUGAGUGGGUUGUUCAGUUGCGUAAUGAACAAGAACAGAAUUUUAUAUAUAUAUAUAUAUUCAUGAAUAAGAGAGCGACCCUAAUAUAGAGUAGUGGGAGUCACAUACUGCACCCCUAGAUGAUUGGGAUCUAUAACGCCCAUGACAGCCAAUAACACUGUACGUGGCUGGUGCAUAUUUGGGAUGCCAGGUGAUGGGAAUUGUAGUUCAUUAAUGGCUGGUGAGAAGUAGCAGGAUAAGAAGGUAAUCCAAGAAAACAAUAUUGUCAUUAUCCUGCUUUCACAGUUGUGAUUAGAUUGCAAGGAAGGAUAUUCUUUUCCUUCCUUUUUUUCUUGUUCAUCUUAAAAUUAAAGGAAAUUAACAUUACAUUUUUAGAUCCAGACUAUGCUUCCUCUAUUUACCCUCCCUGUUGCUCAAAAUGAAUUUCCACUUUUCCUUUAUUGUGUUCCUCUUUUUGCUGUUCCUCCCUGUUAGAAUCUGAUUUCUAUUUUUCCUGGCAGAAAAUAAAAAUCCAUCUUUUUGUUCCCCCAGGGUGCAGCAAAAGAGUGUGUUGCUGUGGAAACGGGAUUUGGAAUAAUUGUCAGCUGACCUAAAUGGGACAGACAUGAAAUAGUGGGCUGGAGCCCAGGAGGGGGGUGGGAGGAAGGCAGAAAGGGGUGCAUUCCAGAGCACUCUGACUUGCUAUAGAAUUUUCUGCACUGUUUCCAUGUCACACUGCAAAAACCCCAUCCAUCUUUUCCUAUUAACUCCUUCCUGUACACAGACCAAGCUUUACAUCAGUUUACCAGGGACAGUCAAAAUACAACUACCAUGAUGCUUUGCCAGCUUUGUGCUAGGACUUUGGCUGUAUCUGCUACAGAAUAAAGAAAUAUAUAAAGCAGCCAUUAAAAGAGGAAAACAGUGUUCUGCUCCUCUGUCAUUUAAUUGUAAAACACUCAAUUUCUGGAUCUAUUUUCUAAACACUAAGUAGUAGUGAACUUAAUCGAAAUGCCUAAAAAUAGGCAAAAAUAAGCUGAUAUUGAGAAAUUAUCCUACUAGAUUUAAAAACUUGGUUUUCAUUUCACCACAAUUCAAUGUUUAGUGAAUAAUUCCCAUAGAUUAGAACAUUGGCGUGCAUGUCACAAUCAUAUAUACAUGUUUAUCACGGGUGCCCAAAAGGUAGAUCUCCAGCUGUUGUAGAACUAGAACUCCCAUGAUACUUGGCAUGCCUUUAGAAUGACAAAGCAUCAUGGAGGUUGUAGUUUUAAAACAUCUGGGAAUCUACCUUUUGGGCACCCCUGGUGUAUAUGAAUGUUACAAUGUAAAAGUGGGUUCAGUCAGCUACUACCCAUAUAUCUGAAUAACGAGUAUAAUGUUAAAGCAUCCUAGAUGUUGUUAUACAUCACAGGUACUGCGACUAGUUUAUUACAUUAUGUAAUGAUGUGAUUAAUCUACCAUUAUACAUCUUACAGAUAUUUGGGUGAUUUCUUUUUUUGACUCACCCUGCUCUGUACGUAUGUUUAUUUAUAAACUGUGAUGUUUUUGUGAAUUGUUAGACACCUAAUUCUGUACUAAUAUUUUUGAUCAGGAGUCCUGACUGUUUUCCUUUCUACGUGUGAAAUCCAUUUUUGGUUGGCCCAACAACCUCAUGUAUGUAGUUACAGAAGAUGCCUGCUCUAAAGAUCACCCUUUGUCACUCGCUGACCUUUCCACUUCUUCCAGGAUCCACUGCCUCAUUGUGGGUUACCUGGAAGUGCCCUGGGCCUAUCCUACCGCACGUGCAUGUUACUAUUCAAAGCAAAGGGUGUUUACCUGUUUCAUAAUGUCCUACUGCACAUUAUGUGACACCUGUACAAUAAUGUGUGGCAUUUUGGCCUUGUAAAUCCAACAGCACAUUGUGUUCAUUUUCUAAGCUAUACAAGAUAUUUAAAAUUUAUUAUCGGUAUCAACACAGCUUUUUUGUUGUUGUUUAAUUAGUACUUUAACAUUGCUAGCGCUAGUGACACCAAGGAAUUAAAGGGACAGUGCUAUUUUAUGAUUUUAUUGCUGUUUUAUUUUAUUUUUCGUUUUGCGGGCUCUUCUGUUGUUGUUUUUUUUGUUGUUGUUGUUGUUGUUGUGGUUUUUUUUAAGAGGGACACUACUGUCCCAGUCCUGUUAACUUUGUAAUUGAAAACAUUGCAGUUUCAGAGAAACUGCAAUGUUUAUAUUGCAGUGAAAAAGGAACACUACAGUGUUAGGAAAACAAAGCUGUAUUCCUAAGACUAUUGUGUCCCACUACCCCCAUAGGCAUCUUUUAUUUUAUAAACGCUAAAUAGUGACAAACAAAUCAUUGAAGCCAGUUAAAUUGUAAUAAUAAUUGUUUUAUUUUUUUUAGAACAUAGAAUGUGACGGCAGAUAAGAACCAUUCGGCCCAUCUAGUCUGCCCAAUUUUCUAAAGAAUUGAAUACAUUUGUAGUAAAUUCUCAGAUCAGACCAGUUCUUUUUAAUUGAAUUUAACUACUGUAAGCCUUUUUUCUUAAAAAAAAAAAAUAAUUAAAAAAAAGUAAUUUUCACUGAGUUAUUUUCAUGUAAUAUAAUUGUGUGGAAGAAUGUCCAGAAUAUUUGAGUUAUCAGUCUGGAACAUGGUUUGCUUGCCCCAUCAAAAACCUAUUCUCCCAUGAACCCUCAAUAAGUCUUUGUUUACACAGAACAGGUUAUUUGUACCAGGAUGAUGGUCACCAAUAAAGGAUUUAAAUCAGAGAAGUCAUUGUUGAUGCUAGAGGGGUUCGGAAAUCUUUCGUUCCAGCUAUUCAGCUCUGUAAUAAAGACAAUUAAGAAAUACAAAUUCUCCUGCUACAAACCUAAAAUUAUCUCUGACCCAGCUGUUUCCUGAUCCUAUUUCAAGGUAUAUGUGCCCGAUCAUGUGUAGACAAUGAGUGUAUUUUUGUCUCAACAAACCAUACUAUUGUCGGAACACCACACUGUUAGGAAUACAAAACUACAGCACCCCUCGCCAGCCAUGAAAGGGUUAAAAAUACCUUUAAAUCGCUUAUCUGAUCCAAGCACUGGGGGUCCUGCAUUCUCCGGGAGCCUAAUGCACAUGAGCGACUAGCGACGCACGCUCUUUAGGCCUUCCUCAUAGAAAAACAUUGACUCAAUGCUCUUCUAUGGGUUUUUUCAAGACAUUGGACGUCCUCAUGCAAAGCUAGAAGCAGUCCUAACUCUGCAGUGUAAACAUUGCAGCUUCUCUAAAACUGCAUUGUUUUACAUUUCAGGGUUAAGGGGACACGGUCACUGCACCCAGACCACUUCAAUGAGAUUAAGUGGUCUGGGUGCCUAUAGUGCCCCUUUAAUAUUGUUUUUUUUCUCAUUGUUUAGUUUUGUUUUCCUGCCCUAGAGUAAUUUGAUAGAUGGCACCGCCCAUUGUCGUGUUAUAAACUUGAAAAAUAAAAUUUAGUGCUAGCAGGCAUUUCUAAAUUUCUAUAGGAUAUUUUUUCCAGCUAGUUUAAUACUUUCCAACAUCUUAACCCUUCACCUGCCAAAGACCAAUGAAUCUCCGCUUUCAUGCAUACAUUUUUUUUAACCUUAUCAGUGUCUGUAGCAUUCUAUCAAUGCUGCAAAAUAUAUAUAUAUAAUAGUGGGCAUAUUUUAACUAAUAAUGCUCUUUGUUCCACAUAGUAUCCCAUACAUUUAUAGAUUAAGAUGUUCUAUAUUAAUUACAUUUAUUUUUUUUAGGUUGAGAUUUAAUGUUUUCAUGCCUGACAGAAUCUUGCUGUUUUGUCUAAGGUCUAAUAUCUUAAGAUAUGGCUUAAUUAGAUGGAAAUUGUAGCCCGCUGGCAGCAUAGCCUCUGUUUCUGAAGGAUAAUCAAUAGUAAUAAAAUGUAGUCUCCUGAUUGGUGUUUCCCAGGCCGCUCUUUCUAGAGGCGAGGAUUCCAUUGAUCAUUUGGUCACCAGUAUUGUAUAGUUAACCAUUGCCCAGCCAGAGAGGAGGAGUAUAUACAAAUAAGUUAUUCAGUUCCACAAUUCCUUAAGGUAACGGGCCUACCUAUAUUGGCCUGAUUUUCAGGUCCUGUCCUGCCUCUGACUUUGUUCCCUGGUGUCCCUCUUUUGGGGACAUCAGAGAACUGUCCCCACAAGCAUUGUGGGUUUUUUAACAUUGCCUAUGCAGCUCGCUAAUUGUAAGUGGCCGUAGGAUGGAAACGUGACUGCGCUGUUGAAACAGCCUUAUGCAAAACCUAAAUUGUGUCUUGGGAGGAACAAAAAGGCUGCUUUGGUAACUGUUUAUUUGUUUCCUUGGUAACUAACCACCUGUUAGCAACCACUGUCAAGUCUGUAAAUGGCCUAUUGUCAAUGAAGAUAGAAGUGACUGUUUGCUUCUGCUACCAAAGCAGACUGUAGUCUGCAAAACCAGUAUGGGGUUGUACACCUUCAGCAUAGGAACUCGACAAACAGCUAUGGAGUGAAGGACAAAUAGGUUGUAGGGAAACAGAAAUCAAAUAAAAGGCUUUUUUGUGUUAUUGUUAUUUUUCUAAUUUUCUCCUUGGAUGUUUUACAAAAAGGACUACAUUGCUUCUUGAUAACUAAAUUUCGUCUUCUGUGACCAUGCUGUUUUUUUUCAUUUUUUUUUCAUUUUAUUAACUUAUUCUCUAUAGACAAUAAGACCUGCAGGCAGUUAAUCAGAUACAGAAUUUAAUUAAACUAUGCACACCCAAGUUCACCCCACUUGGUGUACAGUAUUUUAGUGUUCUUAAUCUACAGUUUGUAAUUGGGUGUCAGAGACUGACCACUACUUUCUAAACAUCAAAGACUCUGAAUCCACUUGGCACUCAUGCCAAACGUUUACAUCUCGUUUGCUUUAGUCCACAAAGCCCCCCCUCUCCUCUAAUUUGCUUUGGACAAUAGACAGUUACUUAGUCUUAGAUUGUGUUGGCGCUGCUGGUCACAUGACACUGCACUUCAAUCCCAAUGUUCUACAGAAAAUGCACAAAGGACUGUGAGUGGAGAAGCACAAAUACCAGAAUGGAAAUGUGGGAUGUAAUGAGCUCUGCAAGUAUAAUUUCUGUAAACCUACAUUAAACUUCAUGCAGUGUGCAAAUGUGUGUCCCUAUAAUUAUAAUGUCUUCUACCUGUGAUAUCCACUAGAGAACCUAUCGACAUCAUAAAAAUAAUGGCAUCUAAAAAGAAAAUGUAUUUUUCCAGGGGAUUGAUUAUUGUUGUUGGCUUUGGCGUAGUGCCAAAUAUUACUACACUAAGGCUGGCAAAGCAUCAUGGGAGUUGUAGUUUUUCAAAUUCUAAAGGGAACCUAACCUUUUGGCCACCCCUGAUUUAAUAUACUACUUGGUCAUUUUGACCCCCACCCCACGUAACAUUUUUUUUCAAAUUCCAAACGUAAAUGUAAAGUGGACACAAAAUGAAUGUUUGUGUCCACAUUUGGUUGUUGCCCAAGAUUACUUGGCUCCGUGCUGGUAUGUUUUGUCUCUUAUUUUUAAUACUGCAAUAUGUUCAUUUGGCAUUUUGGAAGCCUACACUGGGUUUGUUGUGGCACAGCGGAUUAGUUAGCUGUCUGUGUAAAGGUGAGUUAUUCAAUCUGUGGUUUGGAUGAGAUUCAAUAACUGUAAAACAAAAGACUGUUUUAACAUAGGGGUGUGUCAAUCAGUGAUCCCACAGGAUAAGUACAAAGUGUGCUGGAAAGGUUUAUUACUGAAAACAGCAGUACUGGGUACGAGGAUUUGGGUAUUUUUAUUUAUUUUAAUUUUUUUUUCUUUAGUUGGUCACUGAUCUACCCUGAGUGGUAAAAUUAUUUUGAUCCCUUUUUAUCCUUUAAUGUUCUGGAACCUUUCGCAAAUUGCAAUACUUAAACUCUAAAUUUUUCCAGAGGUCCGUACAGCGGGUGUAUUGACAAUAGUAGGUGUAUUGACAUACAUACACAUUUAUAUAUAAAAGGAAAAGUGUGCCCAUGAGCUUAAAAUCUAAAGGAGGCAAUGGGAGUGAGGGAGACAAGCAGGGUUUAACACGCCUCUGUAGUUUAAUAUUUAGUGUUGUGUAAUAUUUUAGAUAUGUGUGUGUGUGUGUGUGUGAUAACUCACAUUUCCUAAAAUGUGGGCAAUUUCGUAUGGGCACUCUAAGGCAAAAAAUUGCAAAAGGUAACUUUUCCCCCCCACCUCCUAAACCUCCCCCUACCUCUCCCCACAAACUCCCAUAAUGCUUUGGAACCUAAAUACCCCUUUGAACUACUCCCAUAAUGUUUUGCAGCCUUAAGGUAACACAGCUGAACAACUUCCAUUACUUUGCACUCCUAAAAGCUUGGGCCUGUCUCCAUGACUAGAGUUUCUACUAACAGGCUAACUAUAAACAUGCACGACAUAACUGGUUUAUUAUAGGCUAAAAUGGAAGUAAAUGGGUAAAAGUAGGCAGAAAGAAAUGUUUCACAAAUCAAUCUGAUUUCCAACAUUGAGUCUCUUGUAUUAAAACUAAGAGGUUUAUAGAGGAAAUCUCUCCUUGAGCUCCUGGAUCAGUUUGUGACUGUGGUCACAAGACCUAUGAAUGAAAAUCUGUACUGAUCUUUUCUUCUGCUCAAAACUUGAGACCUGGAGGAAUUUCCUGUCACCCCCUCUGUGCCAUUAAGUGUACUUUAGGGGCACAGUAAGUGUUACCCCUCAUGACAAGGGCUUAGGCUAAUUCCAUUAUAUCAUGAUAUACAUACUAUGUUCGUUAAUAUUACUGUACAAAGGCGAAGCUUAUCCCUGAGACUUGGAAAAAAUUGAUUUUAUAUAUAGCAGAGGAAAGAGCCCUUAAGAGUAAACAAAAAACAUGUGUAAUUAUCUGUCUAGAGAUUUUAAAACAUAAAUAGUUGAUUUGUAAAUAGGGCUGGAUGCUCUGACGAACUGAUAUAUUCAUGUGGCAUUUGGUAUAUACAUAAACAUUUUUAUCUUACUUUUUUUUUAAAUCUCAACGAGGUCAUUCAUUAACGUCUGUCCCAGAUUAUUGAUAUCUGAUAUAUUAGCAUGUGUUGUCAUUAUUGUCUGAAAACUACCCAUCGCUGUUAUGUGAGUUGUGAUGUGCUGAUUAAUAUAUUUUUAUUUCUUUUUUUUUUUUUUUAACCUUAAGGUAUAAUUUUGUAUAAAGCUCUGUAGCUAAAACUUUUUCAUGUUGGUUUAAGCAAAUGCAUUGUCAUUAUUCGUUGCUGGUUACUAUCCAAAGAUCUUAUCUUCCUGUAAUAAUGACAUGUAGGAGGACCUGCAAUGUCUCAAAUAUUUAACAGAAUAACAAGCAGUUUUUCUCUUGCAGCCUGUUUUGUUUCGUGCUGUCACUAAGUAUCAUUGUAUUGUUACAGCCUGACUAACUCCUAUCAUAAUAGAUUGUUCAGGCUGUAUGUGCUCUGAGUCACAUGACCUUUUGUGAUGUUACUUUUUAUUUUAUUUUUUUUAAUGUUCUUUUGUAAUUCUUUCAGUUUUGGUCCCUUGUGGGUUUUUGUUGUUUUUUUUUCUUUUUCAGAAGAGGGUUUUUUUUUUUCUUCUUCUUCUUCUGAAGCUGAAGAGCGGAAGAGAUUGAUUUUGCGGGUGGUUGAAGUUUCACUGUUUAAAUAACCCUUUCAGUGCUAACCAGGCGUAAAGUUCACACAUGUUUUUAUGUGUUCUCGGUUUAGAAAUGUAGAUAUGACGUGUGUGUGUAUAUGUGUGUGUGCAUGUGUAUUCACAAAUUUAACUGAUAAAUGUCCGCUUUCAGUAACCUAACUUCUAAAUCGUAUUUAACCCCGUAAGGACCAAACUUCUGGAAUAAAAGGGAAUCAUGACAUGUCACACAUGUCAUGUGUCCUUAAGGGGUUAAACUUUGUCAUUAAAACAAUCAUUGUUAUUCACAGUGUGCCACUUUUUAUAAGAGUGUCACAAGUGUACCUUCAGCUCUCAACUACAAGUCCCAUAAGUCGUAUUCCUGUCGAGGGUCAUGGGAGAUGUAGUUUGUUAGCAGCAGUAGUACCUGUAGGCCUAUACUGCUCUGUGUUUGCUUGUGCAUUCGAUUAGUUUUAGGUCUCUUACCACAUAAGUACUAACAUUUCAAUUGGACAAAGAGGGGCACUUUGAAUUUUAGGGUUGUGAGUGGGGGUUUGGCACAGAGCAUUUCUGAGUAAUUAUUUUACGGUGAGAAUUGUUGCCAUGUAGCUCUGUUAUAUAUUGUCGCACACCAACAAUAUGAAGCUCCUUAAAAAGAGGGACAUAUGGAUUUGUGCCCAAAAAAAGCAACUUUCCCUCCUAAAUAGUCCAGUAUUUAGAUUAAUAUACUGUACAAUGCUUCUAAUCAGUCAUUAAUAUGUUAAUUUGAGGUAAAAAAAAAAAAAGAAGCUAAUUUAAAUAAAAUUUUCACACAAUUCCAAAAUCUGAUAAUCUGUUGUAUUGUAUCUUCUAUUUUGUAAUUGGUAAUGUAGUUGCUUUCACUGGGUUAAACAUAUGGUUCUGGUUUAGCAGGUAUCAUAACCUACAUCUCACAGACACAGCACAGCAACGCAGAUUAGCUCCCAGCUGGGAACUGCCCGUUACCUUAUGUUUGGCGGUGUAUCAACAGGUUUUGUUUUUGUAGAGAUGCCCAUUAUCCAGUUCCUGUGUUUUUGUAGUUAUGCAAUGUUAGAUUGAUGGGCAGAAUUUGUGAAUGUACCAUUUUCAGACUGUAUUAGCACAUGCAAUAUGUUAAAAUGUGUGAAAAUGUAAUUUCACCUCUGUGGUCUGUCACUGACUGAUCUUAGCUGCAACUUCCCCUCAAACGGUAAUAAUUUGACAUUAAAAAGGUCUGUACUGUAUAAACAGGUAAAGCCCCAAAGCAAGUUGUUUUCUUAUUUGGAAUUUACAAUAUUUUUCUUAACAACCUGCGGUGCCAAUAUAUUUUGCAGAACCAAAUAAUUUAUUGAGCUACAGAGCAUCCCGUGAGAGAGAGCGCAUUCCUUUAUGAACUGUAUUUUUCCCAUGAAUAAGGGGAAAAGGCUGUAAGAGAAAGUAGUCCUUACUGUGUCUUAGUAAAUGUUUUAAAUUAUAGUCCAUAUUCAAUGGAGAGGGGUGGGAGAGUGCCCAUUUAAGGCGUCUUAGAGGCCUACAAACCAAGUUGCUGUUACAAUUUCAACUACUUGAACUUGUAUCCAUUUCUUCUAAGCUAUCUGGUCACACAGUAUCUCUAAAUGGCGGUGGGAGGUUAAUGAAUCUGCACCUUGGCUUUGUAUUGCUCACCUGUAAAUGACUGAGUCCUAUAUUUCCAUUUAGAAGUGGGUGUGAAUAUUUUAUAGGAAACUCAACUGUGAAAAUCAUUGCUCACUUUUCAAGAAUAUAUUCAAUCACAGAAUGAGCCGUAAAACUAUAGGAUUCCGAAGCAAAAUCUUUAAAUAAUGAUAGCUCUUUUUUCAAUUUUUGAUUCAGGAGUGUAAGGUAAUUUAUGUCGGCAACUACACUUUAAUUCAGUGACUUUUGUUAAUCUAUAUAUUUACGUUUACGUCCAGUGCAUGCAAUGAGUCCAGGUCCUUUAAUCCUAUUGGUUAGCAGGCUUUCUAGAACCAAGGAUCCAAUGGAAGCAAUUUAUUUUUGGUGUUUAGCUCUGAUAAAUAUAUACUGUGUUUUAUAUAUACCGGUGUGUGUAUAUAUAUUGGCAUUUGUUUCUUAUUUUUGUUUAUUUUAUUACUUUUUUUUUCUCCUCCUUUUUAGUUUUUAAUUAGUUUCUUGUUUUCCAUCUGUUUCCUUCACAGUUAAGGACAGGCUAAUAUUGUUUGCGGUCUCAGUAUUACCCAGCAGCCGGCUCUCCAAUUGUGGUCACACUGCAUAGAUACAGAAAAUACACUCUCAAAACAGAAUAAAUUGCAACUUUUGAAAGUUCUGCUACUCUUGGUUUUGCCUGCAAGCAAUUUCGUGUCUCACUGACACAGUUUGCAGAAAAGAGGAACCGUCAUAUUUCUCUUUUUUUAUGUAGGUUUAUUAACCCCAAUUUAAGCUUCUUUACAGUUCACAACCUCAGAAGGUUGAAAUACAAAGCUUAAAGGAACACUCCACUGCCCAAAUAAAAAAAAGAAACUAAAUAUACUAUUUAGGAGUUAUUCCCCCAAUGAAAACAUGUUUGCAUUUAAUUAUGCAUUUUGUUUUCAUUGAAGGGUAUAUCUAAUAACAGCUUGCAAAAACUGCCGAUGUCUUGUCUGCAGCCUUUGCAAGCUCUUCCCUAGAUCAGAAGUAACUAAAGUUGGUCAUGAAGUCACCUCAAAAUUCCCAGAACACGUAUGCCAGGAAAUACGCUAGCAGCCACAUACCUUAAUACGAAAUUUUUGAGGUAUGUGGAGGUAUGCGGAUAUAUUGUGUAUUUUGACAAGGAAAUGUAUAGUUUAUUUUAGGAGCUAUGAGUUAAUUGUAUCUCUUAGUUCCUUGUUUAUCAUAUAUAUUUCAGUACAAAUCUCUAAACAAACCCAUGUUACAAAAGGGAAGUCUGAGGGAUUUUCUUGAAUGUGCAAAAAGUGCUCCUCAUGUGACUGAAAAAAAUGGAGAAGGAAAUAGAGAUUGUGGCAGGACAUAGAACUGAAGCAAUAUAUAAAAAAAAAAAAAAUUAUUCAAUAUGUCCCGAUUCCCAAAAAACAUUAGGAUUUCUUGUAAUAUUAAUUUAAUGUUAUGUAGACCUCUUUCUGUCAGUAUGGUUAUCUCCAGAGAGAGAUUAUUUUUAGUGGUGGUCACCCCGAUCUGGUGGUUUAUUUAAGCAGUAAUGUGUAGGGGUUAUCUCUCUAAUCACAGACAUAAAAUACAUUAGGUGUAUUAACAUGCACACUGAGAAGUCAGCUUCCAUGCACCCUAUUUAUAAUAUCUCCAGGCUUGGAGUCCUUGUUGUUGAGGUUUGACAAGCUUCAGUACUGAUUCCUUCUGCAUUGAGAAGAGGCUUUCUCUAUGCGUGUUUUCUACUGGAAGAACGUUGCUCAGUCAAACCUUACUUGGGUCAGAGAGCACGGAACAUUUCUCAUUUUUCCAGUUUUGAGAAAGGACUGGAUACACACCCUCAUUCCUCUUUAGAAAAGAAAAAUAAAGCCACUUGUGAAGUCUGGUAAAACAUUCGUAUGCAUAGUGAAGGGUCACUAUAAUCUAGAUAAUAAAUCAGAUAUUUAAGUUCAGUUUUAAACUCAUAAAACAAUUUGCUAUUGUUUCAUCGGCCCCACAUUCUUCAUAGUGAGCUAAAAUGACCAAAUCAAGAUUAUUCACCAAAGCCCUUACAGUGCAAGUGUUUAUGCAAGCCACUGCUUUUUCACAGCGCACCUACCUUCAUAUGCUUAAGGCAGGGAUGGCAAAGCAUGUAUGGCUGUGUAUCAUGGCAAACAUAGUUCUCAAAAAAUCAGGGUGGCCAUGUUCGCUAUCAAUGAGCCAUGGUAUGCUUCUAGUCGAGUAGAUGCUUUAAGAUUCUCAUUUAUUUGAUGGUCUUUAUCUUGCGUUCUCCCAAAAAGUUCCAUCCACAUUUUAGGGUUGAAAUAUGCAAAAUGAUUUAACUAUUUGCAGAGUUGGAAGGGGUUAAGAACACAAGCAAAGUACCUGCUAGAGAGCUACUAUGGCUGCAAAAAUGCUCUUAAUCCUUUUAUGGAUUUACAGGAUAAUCUUAUUCUGUUUAUUAUUUGAUGCGUCUUCAAGGCCAUCUGGCGACGGACAUCUGGUGGGGACACGUCGCACUGGGUGUCGGUAUCAGGGAGGCUGUGUAUCCGAUUACACUAUGUUGAGAGGAUUAUGCGGCCGCUUGGCCAAAACAUCUCUGGCGAUGGGAGCUUUCAGACAGGGCAGGCUGUGACUGGCAAGGAAACUUCGUCAGCUGAAAGGUGUUAUGAUAUAACAAAAAGGCGGUAGCAUAAAAUAUAACACAAAUUAGGUAUCAGGCUAUAAACAAUUCCUUUAUUCCCAUGAGUAAUAAUUCUAAUUUGGCAUUGAAGAGAAUAUAAAAUCCAUACAUUGCAUAGACGUAAAAGGUGUAUGGUCAAAAAUAAAUAAAUACAAUAUACCUUUCUCCAAACCUCUUAGAGAUGUAAAUGCGUGUAUGUACUUUAAGUGAAUAUUUGGUUGUUUAGUGAGCAUGGAAAAAAAAUACAAUUAGGAAAGUUUUUUUUUUUUUUUUUUAGCUUUUUCCUUUAAAGUAAAAAUUGUAACUCCUAUUUAAAAAGAAGGGUGAGCAUUUUUCACUUUAGUUUACAUACGCAGUUGUUCCAACGUUAAGUCAUUUAAUCGCAUCGUUGUAUUGUAGCUACAUGUGCCGCAUAAAUCUGUGCUGUUUACUCUAAAUUGUUAUUUUGCAUUUCUUAUUCACGCAGAGCUCCACACAGGAGAUCGGAGAAGAGGUGGAAGAUGGUGUUAUCUAUAGCAUCUCACUCCGUAAAGUGCAGCUCCACCACAUCGCCAACAAGGGGCAGCGAUGGCUGGGGGUAAGCAGAGUUCCAUCUCCCAUGGGCACUGCAGAAGGUGGGCUCGCUGGACCUCGGGAUGCCACGGUGAGGAAGACAGUGAUAGUGGAAUCAGGGGGUUGGGAGGGUGGGAGGAGAUGAGGGGAUCUAUGGGUGCUGUGGCUAUUGUAAACUGUAAAAAAAUAAGUGACAUUUCUUUUGUGACUAGAACAGAUAGUGUAGGACCCUUAUGAACCAUCUGCAUCCUGGUUGGUGUUCCUUUUUGAUCUUUAAUAUUGUGCUGUCACUUCUGAUUUAAGCCUUUUCUGAAGUUGUUCCCAUUGCUCUACACUUCCUGUGCUCUGAUAAUGCUUACACACAUAAUUCAGAAAUCCAUGUCUAUCAUCCACCAUUGUCUGCAACAUCUCCUGAUUUCUUCGCUGUAGUGCGUCCUAGCCACUCUAGACGUGUGCAGACUAUUGCAUUGUGUCCUUACCAGUUAAGAGUCCAUCUACCCAUUUUAAGAAAUCAAAACACUAACCUAGAACACCCAAAACACUUCUAGGCACUGGUGUUCUUUUGGGGGUCAGAGGUUUUUUUGGUUUUUUGUGUGUGUGUGUGUACUGUGCUCAAAGUCUUGUAAACUCAGAACAUAAUCUGGAAAUUUACAUAAAUGGGAUAUAAUUCUCCUGCUUUCCUGUGACCAGAAAUAGAUUAAUCUUUCUCUCUGAGAUUUUGAAGGAAACAAAAAAAAACAACAGUCUUUUGCGUUCAGAUUAAUUGUGCUGGGCUAUCUGUGUGUUAUUUUUACAGAGUAGAUAUAAUCAAUGGCAGGGACAGGGUGUGGUACGUUGGUGUGGAGGCCACAGUGCUAAUCUGAGGUCAGCCAACUUCUUACAGCAACAACCAGCCUAUUGAGGCAGGGGCCACAGCAGAUCUACCCUCCCAUACUUGUCCUUUUAGAGGCUGUCUAGUUUAUUAACUAAAGAAACGGAAGGGCAAGUGUAACCAUAAUAAAAACUGUACACAGGAGGAUCUACUCACUGCAAGGAAGAAAAAAUAUAUAUACAACUUGGAAAAUCAUUUCCUACCAGAAGGAACAGGAUAACAAAACAUCACAAUGUAUUGUUUAGAAAAAAUAUAUAAAUAAAGGGGAUUUUUUUUGUGUGUGUGUGUCUGUGACUAGGACAGAUAGCGUAGGACCAUAGAAAACUAUCUGCCUUCUGGUUUUAAGCUUUAAUGAAAUGGAAUUCUCAUUCGGUUGGCCUAUUACUCUUGGCCAACUGCAAGUACUGGGGAUGCAGGCCGUUAACUUUAGUUUAUCUCUCACAUUUUAACAUUGGGUUGUCCGAUCCUUCAUUUCACAUAAUCCAUAGAGGUAGUGAAUUGGAAUUAAACAUUUUACCCUUGUAAUAUCCCAGAACACAGAUUCCUGGCCCUCUUAGACCAGAUUUGGACAGCCCUCUACUAGUUUGAUAAUUUAUCCAUCCUACCUAAUACAUAACUUGAUAUAUUUUUGGAGCACACAUGUCCAAGUAAAUGAUAAAGCAUGCAUGCAGUCAUCAUAGUUACAUAGCUGAAAAGAGACUUGCGUCCAUCAAGUUCAGCCUUCCUCACAUAUGUUUUUGCUGUUGAUCCAAAAGACAGGGCAGGCUUUCAUCAUGCAUGCUUAAAUAUGUUUGUAACAUGUCAGAUCUGUAUGGUCUGUACAGUCAUUGCAUUUUAUGUCACGUCAAAUAACAAAGAAAUCAUUCAUUUACAGAAACUAAUAUCAUUGUUGUUGGUGUUUUGCUACCGGCUGCUGCUUUACUGAAAAAUAAAUGCCAAACCAGGCCUAGAUGCAUGUGGUUUUUAAAGCAUAUUGCAUCUGCAUCUCACUCAAAGUAUUUCAUUACAGUUCGAGAACGAAUCAGCCUUGAGUUUGUAUGAGACAUGCAAGGUGAGGACCAUCAAGGCUGGAACACUGGAGAAGCUUGUGGAAUACCUGGUUUCUGCAUUCAAAGGAAAUGAUUCCACCUAUGUUACCAUCUUCCUGUGCACUUAUCGAGCUUUCGCAACCACCAAGCAAGUUCUGGACCUUCUCUUGAACAAGUGAGUUGCCUCUGGUGUCUGUCAGACAGAGAUUGGACAGUUAGACUCCUUCACAACAUCUGAUGGCCAUUGUUAGAGAGCCAAUGAAAAAAUAUUCUUUGAUACAAAAAACCCCCCCAAAAAAUAUUAUAAGGGAUGGUGGUUCUUGGACUGAAAUUCUUGUUAUCUCAAAGCAUUCAUUUCUUUUACCAUGAUUAUUUUAUUAUUCAAUGCAGAUUUGGGAGACUGCAACCCCAGCUAAACGGGGAACAUUCUCACAACACCAUUGAUGAUCGCCUCGAGUUAAAAAAGUAAGUUGUCCAAAACAGUGUUCAACUUGAAAUUAAUAAAAUGCUUGAAAUCUGAUAAUUGGGGUGAACACUGCAACCGUUUUUGACUUAUAACCGUAAAAUAAAAAGCAAGCCAAUGACUGCCCACUCUAGACCGUUUAUUUACAGAUCAGUGAAUUGCCCUGAGUUCACAACCAACCUCAAUAAUUAAUGUUGUAGAAGAGGUGUGAGAGAAAUUACCAAGACUGCAGAGUACAAAAAUAAAUAGGAUUAUUUAAUUUGCUAAAAUUCCGAGUCUAGUGAAUAACUCUUACUCUGACUAUCGUGUUUAGUGUCAAUGUCGGUAUGUUGGGCAGUCUUCUCCCCUUUCAGGAGAACAAACUCCUAGUUUUUUUUUCCCCCUAACAACCACCCACAACAAGACAUUCUAUUCAAAAAUAGAACAAUGCUUUUUGUGAAAAAAUAAUUGACACUAAACAGCAAAAUUAGUUCAUUUAUGAAAUCCUCCGUAAACACUGUGGUUUUUCUCUAGAAAACACCCACAUUGCAUCAUACAGACACGCCAUAAACAUAUGCACUAUUAUUGAAAGUAAUUUUGGAUUGAUAAUCAUGAGUAAUUAUGAAACAAAAAGAGGAAUUUGAUCUAAAAUUUGGCAUGAUUCUAUUUUCACAGCUUCCAUUCAACAUCUAGCUGUAUCUUGUGUUAUAAAUUAGCUAACACAUCCUGCUAGGUUUUUAGUUACCUACGACCCCAGCCAUUUAAAAUUCUGACCAGCUGUCAUUCUUUAGUUACAUGCCCCAGACAGCACGUUUUGACUGAUCAAGGAGUAGAGUAACUUAGUGAGCUAGAGGUUGACCUUACUGGCCUCAUCCUAGGCAUAUUUACAGACUAAUCUUGUCAAGCUACCCAAGAAGGCCCACAGCAGACUGGGGACAAAUACAUUUUUAAUGCAAGUCUUGAAGUUUCAAUUGAAAGCAGCGUAGACAAGAAGCAUGUCUUUCAGUAUUUCUGUACUGUGCUUAGAUGUCCUGAUUAACAUUACAUGUUUUGUUUUUUUUUUUUUUAAUGUCUGAAUAUUGUUGUGAAAUAAUUUGAAUUUGGUGGGCCAGCAUGUGCAAAAAUGGGCUGGCACAAAAUAAACAAUGUUUCUGAACUGUAUUGGCACAUUUCUCCAUUUUGCCUGGUAGCACAAUCUCCUCCAUCCUGGGAGCAUGGCUAGAUCAAUACUCUGAAGAUUUCCGUCAUGCGCCAGAUUAUGUUUGUCUAAAGCAGCUCAUCACUUACGUUCGGCAUAAUAUCCCCGGCUCAGACCUGGAACGAAGAGCUCGCAAUCUGCUGACGCAAUUCCAGCGGCAACAAAUCAGCGAACUGGCUCAAGAGGGUGAGUCUGAUAAUUAAAAUGAGAAAUUAUAAUUGCAAUUAGGCUGCUUUUAUAAUAAAUUAGGAAAUAUUAUUUCUUAACAAUAUCCGGUCCUUAAAACUUUGUCCCAAGUUUUUCUUUUUUUAUGGUCAGUUUAAGCUUUUAAAACCAUUAUCAGUAAAUGUAGAUUAAAAUGUUUGGUGUUCUUCUCCAUAAGUUUUGGAUUUAAAGGAAAUGGUUUUAGUACACUUUUGAAAAUGGAAUUAUUCUAUUCACAAUCUAUAUUUAUUAACGUUAAAAGUUUCUGAUGUUUAAAAUUAAAACAACUACAAGUUCCAACUCACAAUGUAAAACAUAAGGAACAUGAUAAAAAUGCAUACUAGCUAUCCGAUGAAGAAAGAAUUGAAAAGUAACUCAGUCUGAUGCUUGAAAUUAUGGACCAUAUAAUUUGAAUAGUAUAAGGUGUUAGAAACUAUUUGCAUUUUAGGUCAUAACCUUGCUAAAGAAAGGGCUGACGAUAUGCUGAAAUCCCAAUGGAAUAACCAGCUUUUUCAUGUCUGUGAUUCCUUUGGACUUAGUGAAAUAUCAGUUGUCCUCAUCAAUGCAAGCCCUGGCAAACAAAUAUAUUCCAAGUUCUAGCUGAUACAUAUAUAUAUAUAUAUAUAUAUAUAUAUAUAUAUAUAUAUAUAUAUAAAUGCAGAAUAGUUUUAUUCACAGAUGUUAUAUCUUUUAUUUUGUACUUUGGUUUUUCUGUAGCGGUCACCCACAAAAUCCAGUAAUAUUUAUCCACAAGCUUUUGUUUUUUUCAUUUGUAAAUAAAGACUGAAUGUAUGCAUUUUGUUUGGUUUUGCAGCCGUGGAUCACUCCAGUUAUUCCUUUCGCUUGGUAGAAGAAAAUUCUGUCUUGGGGGAGAAGGCAGAUUUUCUCUCCUUUCGGCAAGAGAUGGUAGCGGAACAGUUUACAGUUAUGGAUGCUGUGAGUAUGAAGUGCCUCCUAUCUAGCAUGUAGCAUGUAACCCAUUGUACAGCGCUACGGAAUUUGUUGGCGCUAUAUAAAUAAUAAAAUAAUAAUAAUCUAUCUCUUAGUGCUGUGUGCCACACCCAGAUUUUCUAUCUCUCAUCGUGUAUUUUCUUUAAUUUGUCCAUCCCUUUUCAAUGCUUUCUAUGCAUCUUCUUUUUGUCCUUUUUUUCUCGUUUCAAUGGAUAACUUCUCUGUUUCAUAACCUGGAGGAAAGAGUCUUGGUGGCAUCUUGUGUCUUAUUGUAUCACUUCCCUACUAUAGGAUCUCUUCAAGAAGGUAGUACCCUAUCAUUGCCUUGGGUGUAUCUGGUCCCAAAGGGAUAAAAAGGGGAAAGAACAUCUGGCUCCAACUAUCCGUGCAACUGUCUCCCAGUUCAACAGUGUCACUAACUGUGUCAUAUCCACGUGCCUGAGUGAUAGGUCACUGAAGCCACAGCAGAGAGCCAAGGUGGUGGAGCGCUGGAUAGACGUGGCUAGAGUACGUUAUAUAUAUUACUAUAUUUCAUUUUCAUAGUACCACGUAGGCUUCUGUCUAAUCCUCAUUAUUCAUUUGCUGUAAAACAUUUAUUUAUUUAUUUAUUAUUCUGGUUCACCUACAGGAAUGUCGUAUUUUGAAGAAUUUUUCCUCUCUACGUGCUAUUUUGUCAGCCCUGCAGUGUAAUGCAAUUCACCGACUCAAGAAGACAUGGGAUGAGGUGUCCAGGUAAGGAAUGUUGAUACACUGAACAUAUAAGAUCUGACGUAUUGGAUUUUUGACACCUUCAGACAAGGGGCCACACCAUUUAUCAUAUUGUAUUGUUUUGCAACCAUAGUCUUGCUUCUAAAACCUUAAAAUUCAGGUCUAAUUCCAAAAAUAACUAUAUAUUUUUUUAUUCCUUCCAGGGAGAGCUUCAGAAUAUUCAUGGAACUUUCUGAAAUCUUUUCAGAUGAAAAUAACCAUUCGUUAAGUCGAGAGCUGCUGAUUAAGGUGUGUGUUUAGCAAAAUUGGUGCAAUGCAUGUUUAGAUUCUAAAGUUAUAAUGGCGCUAUAAGCCUCAAUCACUGUAUGUCAGGAUUCAAUGAUCGCGGAGCGGUGAGCAACUAACUCAGAUUAACAUAGGGGCUAAUGGAGCUGAAGCAGUGAUUGGUAUCUUCGACCCACCUCCUUUUACCCUGAUGACUGACAUCCCGCUUAACAGAAUGCCAAUUUGACGGGGGGGUGGGGGGGCGGCGGGCGGGAAUAUAUAGGUUGAGAGAUUAGCAUAGGGUAUGUUUAUUCUUUGAAAUGCUUCCUGUGGGUGGGCUCCAUCUCCACUAGAUUCUCUUUGGAGGUAUGACUGGUUUACUGCCCUUAAGAUUCUGUAAUUUGGCCCUUCAUAUUUUUCAGCACCAGGCUCAAUGGGCUCUUAAUCUGGCCCUGGAAGCACAGAAAGACAUCAUGCGUUCAGAACUUUAGAUCUGUUAAACUUGUUUGAAAAGUUUUUACCUGCUGAGACUCUUUCUUCAAUGGCCCCUAACUGCUUUUAAACUGCAUAUUUUUACUGUAUUUUUUUGGUUCUGAUUAUAUUAUUUAUUUAUUAGCUGCCUGUAACUAUUCAGCACCUCCCUUUUUUAGAAAGUUUUAAAGACCCAAACACUUGUUUUCUGUACCUUUAAAGAGCUCUGUAUCUCAUUUUAUCCUUAUCUGUACUUUCCUCGUCAACUUCCCCUACUCUAUCCCACCGCCCCAAAUGAAGUCCCAUGUGCUAAAUGUGUGUUGGCCUGAUAUCUUUCUCUGCGUACGUGAAGAGAGACUUUACUGUUUCACUUAUUUUUUUAUUUUUUUUUCCACUCCUGUUUGUGUCUUAUCAGUCUAGGGAUUCCCUGGUAUACGCCUUUCAGUCGACACCCGGCCAAGUGCAUGUUCAAUGUGUUAGACAGGGUGUGAGCUGCACCUUUGAUCUAUUUCGUGUAGGAGGGUAGGAAGGGAUUCCCUUCUCUUAUCGGAACUUUCCAGUUACUGGCCAGCACAAGCCACCUCCUGCCCCAACCCUGCUGCUGUGUCUUAUCAAAGUUGGCACUUUUUUUUUCUCGUAAGCGUAACCCAAUUUCCAAAAUCAGGCCAUCUGGAAACAAUCAACUAAUAUUUCAUCUUACAGGCACUCAUAAAAAUGUUGCAGAAAUAGCCAGAUAAAAAUGAGUAAAUUAAUAUUCUCCAUUCAGUGGGGGGAAUGCCCGUGACAUCAUAAUUUUAUCUAAUGUAUUAUUUCUGAACAUUCUUAGAAUGUUAACCUGACAUUUGUUCAACUAGAGGCAACUGCUGACUGUACCGGCAGUCGGUAUUUGUGAGAUACAUUCCUUUACAUUGAUAUAAUGAACAUGAAUAAUUCCUUUAUUUAUUUUUUUUGCAACAUCCAUCUGCCAGGUGCUUAUAAAUAGAUGUUCUCAGAGCUUUAUUAUGGGCUGGGCACCGGCUGGAGUACAUUCAGGGUUUUACGCUGGUUGUCAAGUGCUGUGAACCACAGAAUAAUUGUUCACACAUAGUUGGAAUUUCAGAGUUAGGAUUCUCUCUGAGAUAAGUUUGUCGUGGGAGGGUGUGACUCUUCGCGCACCUUUUCAUACUGGUACAUUCCCGGACUGCUCUAUGACUCAUUUUGCUUCGAAAUGAAUGGGUAGAUGUAAGGUGAAUAAUUUAGCCUACGUCAUGGGAGCUUGUAUUUAGAAGUGUAUUCUUUAAAAAUACUUAUUUCCCCACCUGACAAGUUUUAAACUAAAAUUGUAUACUACCAUUUUCAACGUAUCCUGGUGUUAUCUCGAAGAAGUGCUAGUGGACUUUGUGGGUCUAAUAACAUCAGAAAAGUACACUUCUUUUAUGUGUUUUAAUAAAGCACCAACAUAACUCAAAAUUGGAUUGAUUUUAUUUCUUAUUUUUUUUAUUAUUAACACUGUUCAAUUCUUCAUUUAGGAAGGGACUUCCAAAUUUGCAACUCUUGAUAUUAACCCCAAAAGGGCACAGAAACGACAACAGCAGCAGAGAGAGCUGGUAUGUGAUAUUAAUAAAAUCAUAUAUUGGUGAUUGGGAAAAAUGAUAUGGCCCCGUGAGCAAACAUUUGUCUUUUAGCUAUUGUGCACCCUCUGGUGUUGGCUUGAGGAAUUUUCAAUUUUGUGUGUUUAUUGCAGGGUGUAAUGCAAGGCACCAUCCCUUAUCUGGGUACCUUCUUGACAGACCUCGUUAUGCUGGAUACCGCAAUGAAGGAUUAUUUAGAGGUAUGUACCUUAGUUGCGUCUUUGAUCUUGACAGUCUACGGUUUGACUGCUCUGUUCUUAUAACUAUAUGGUUUGUGUUACAGGGAGGACUCAUCAAUUUUGAGAAGAGGCGGAAGGUGAGUAAUAAAAUUAUUGCAGAUAUCUUUAUAUCUGUUGUGUCAUUUUGUCUUUCUGUGAGGUCUUAAAUCUGGCUGUAAAUUACACUUUAAAGGACAUACAACAUGCUAAUGGAUAAAGUAACAGCUUGUGGUUCUGAUUCUAUGAAGGCAUUAGAAUGCAUAGACCCAUUAGCUGGAAUAUGUAUUAAUGAAGCUAUGGGAGACAUGCCUUUUUUCUUUCUACUAUUACUACUUAUUUAUUGAGGUUUGGAAAAAAUGGCAUUUCUUCACAAAAUGUUACAAUUGUAAUGUUCAAUGGCACAUAUGUAGGUGAAAAUUCUAAUUUUAUUUAUGCAGGAAGUGUUUCCCCUGCCCCUAUUAACGCUGUUUAGUCCAUAUGAAUAAAGGUCAUUGCUCCAAAUCGUGGAGCAGUCGCUAAAAAGUUUCUAUUGGUUUCCAUGGCAACUGCUCACUUUGAGAAUUUUGACUCCAGAAUAGAUAUUCGUGCACAUCCCUAAAUGUUAAGAGCUUACCCAUUGGCUUGCUUUGGUCAUCAAUAACAUCCUAUUGAGCAGGAAUUUUAGUAUAUUCUGUACAGGGAUUUCUUGUGCUACUGUUUAUUGAUUCUGUUUCCCUGAAAAGUCUUUAUUUUUACUCUCUCUACAAAGGAAUUUGAAGUCAUCGCCCAAAUAAAACUGCUGCAGUCAGCAUGCAACAACUACAGCUUCCUCCCUGAGGAAUCCUUUGUUGAAUGGUUUCAUAGCGUGGACCGGCUAAGCGAGGCAGAGAGGUGAGUCCUGUGACUCCAUGUAUGUAUGUAUUGUGCUAAAUGCAGCACAAUUAAUAUUUUAGUUCUGUUUACAGUGUGACGUGAUCAGGCAAAUACUCAUACAAUGUAAAAUAGCUAGAAUAUUCUUAGAUACCAUGAUUCCAAUAUCACCCUUUAAAAAAAAAAAAAAAUAUAUAUAUAUAUAUAUAUAUAUAUAUAUAUAUAUAUAUAAUAUAACUAAAUUAUAUAUUAAAUGAUUGAGUAUGCUGAUGGUUUGUACUGUGUUGGGGGGAUUGGAGUCAUUUUUCCUCUUCCUCCUGUGCCGGACAGCCACUCUCUCUCAGGAAGUGCUCUUAAGAGUAAGUGCAGAGGAAAUAGCUUCCCUGGACUCAGCUGAAAAACAUCACUGUUAUCAAAUAGCUCAGAUUCCUUCCGACUAUUUAAAGGUGCAGCUCCAGCUAGAGUGCCCAAUAAAUUAGAGUAUGGUAAGUGCUGUCCUCCAUAAAGUAAAAAAUAGAGACUGGUCUGUCAUUUAAACUUGUUCUUAAAAUGUCCUGUCCCAUAAAGGGUACAUUAAAGAUUUCAAUGAGAUGCAGUGAGUGUUGUAACAACUCUUGACAAUCUUCCAAGCAUUAGUGGACAGAAGUGUCUGAAACCCCUCUGAUCUGCAAGAAACUGUCAGAACUCAACAUUCCUCGGGGAAACAAAACUAUCCCUUAGGAACAAAUAGCAUGUCUUGCCGUCUUGAAAGUCUUGUUGAGCCCAUAUGAUAACAUGACAUAUCCUCCUUAAAUCAGACACUCUACACCUGCAUGCUUUUUCUGAAUAAGUACGUCAUCCCAUGUCAGCAUAGCGUCUUUAAGUAUUAAUUAUUGUGAUAAACAUUGAAUAUCUUUAAAGAGGGAAAUCAAAGGCCCGAGUGACACUACAAGUCAAUUAAAAAAGGGGUUAGGCUUCCUUAAAUCAGAAUUACUUAUGCACAUAAUGCCUAAGUAACUGGAGAGGAAAGAAAGAUACUGGAGCUGUCCACUUAACCCCUUUUUUCAUAGAUAGUUUUGUAACUAUUCCAAAUAUUGCAUGACGUUAUAAUAUGUGCUGUAAAUUCUCUUUCAUUUUCUGCCUGAGGGAUGCCCUUUGGAGAACAUUCCUAACAAACAUUUAAUCAAAUGUUCAUAUGUAGACUGCACAACCAUUUGCUGUAUGCUGGCUACGUGCAGCUUGGUAAAAUUCGCAAUCUCAUGUUCUAUCCUCAUCUGCCGAUUUGUGUUACAGUUAUAGCUUGUCCUGCGAGAUUGAACCUUUGUCCGAAUCUGCAAGCAACACUUUAAAAGCUAAGAAAAACACAGGAAUCAUCAAACGAUGGAGCGAGUAAGUCUACCGAGCCAGAAAUCUUCAACACGUUGACCUAGAGUUGUUGUAGUACUUGUAAUUGUUGUACCACUCCAAUAAUGUAACCGGAUGUGAGGUGGAAUCGUUGUUUUUGGCACACCUGUUCUAAGCUAGUUACUACUCCAACAGUUCCUCAAGUGCCACAGAUGAUCUUAUUUUAUCAGUAUUAUCAUUUGAACUAAAAUAAGUAAUUCCUACGUUUUGUACCAUACCUGUUUUUUCUUUGAGGACUGUUAGUCUACAAAAGCAGAAUUUUGUAAGGAAGCACUGGAGCUGAAUGUCCAUCAAAAUUUUAAUAGCUACAGAUGGCCUACAACUGCUGUACUGAAUUAAAGAGGUUACGGAUACCAAGAAUGUAAUCAUGAUUACCUCAAAAACUUAUUUCCUAGAAUAGACUUCUAAUAUGUCAUAAUACAAGAGAUGAAAAGGUUUUACAAGUUUUUGUGUUGCUGGUUAUUGGCAUUCGUGGUCAAAGCUAAUUUUAACCCCACCGGUGUUUAUUUUUUUGUCUUUGUAGUAGACAGCCAGCAAGCACAGAACCCUGUCCUAGUGUUAGCUCUCACUCUAAGUCCUUUGACCAGCUUAAGUGCAGUACUCACCUGUGCGACACCACUGAUUCUCUCAGCGUCACAUCGGCCGGAUCCAGCAGUUCUGACGUAGAGGAAAUUAACAUCAGCUUUGUCCCUGAGUCCCCGGACUGUCAAGAGAAGAAGGUACGGGAGGGAAAAGUCCAGGCAUCGCCGGCACAGCCUGCAGGACGCUACGUUCCUGAGGGGGUCAGUGCCUGCUCUCUGUGCUUUGAUGUGUGGGAGAGAGGGGGGAAAGUUCUUCUCUGUAUAUAAAAAAUAUUUAAAAAAUCCAAGGAUUGUAUGAAAAAAGUAUGUAAUAUAUUGAAUGUUAAAACAUCACUUUACAGUCUCUAUCUGGUUUAAAGGGGACACUCAGAAAAAUCAAUCUGUGAUAUAUACUUAAGUUUUCUAAGUAAUGUUAUAGCCAUAGUCGUUUAGUUUAAAAUAUAUUGAGGUUUUUGUUUAAAGGGCACCGUCACAUCCCAGUUUUUUUUAAUGUUUUUUUUUUAAAAUAUAUUUAAUGUUUAUCCCUUUAAUUAAGAUAAAAUGUAUUAAUGAUCCAUACAUCUUUAUCCUUAAAGUGGUCGCUUCCCUCUUAGCUCACUAUCAGUCAUUCUUAUAAUCUCUGUCCUUCUGCACCUGGCAGUCCGCAAAGAGAAAGCAUACAAAGAAGAGUAGAAAUUAAACAGUUAAACUAUUUCUUCUCCUUAUUUGCAAUAUUUGGCCUGGCUUUGCCUUGUUUGAACUGGAUCAUGAUGACAUUUACUAAAUAUUGGAUAUAACUUUAAAAGUAAAUGGAGCAUCUCAUGAUAACAAAGUUAACAUAACUUGUGUUUUAGUGGUGUCCAUUCCAGAGAAGUGACAGUUCUCCUUUAGUUGACUCCCCUCCAGUGUGAGCUGCUGUGUUCCCCAAGUAUUCUACAGACCACACUCAAUGCGUCUGUUUGAAUCACCCUGAUAUACACUGCUUAAUGGAGGGACAAUGACCUGUGCUUACUGACAAUACAGAAAUCGAAGGAGAGGAUUCAAAAGCUGAAAAUAUAUUACACUAAAUAAAAAUGGCUUUUAAUAUAUGCUACACAGUUUCGAAAAUACAAUUUACCUGAUAAUUCCCCUUUAAAAUGAAUCUGCUAAAAUUGAUUUUCAUACAAGACUAGGUACGAUUUGAACCUUUCAAAUACCAGGUCUGGGUACUGGGUUUCUUACGGAAUGUUGCCACAAGAAGAUAUUUGUAAUUAGACAAUAGAUUGUUAUAUGUAAUAGAUUGUAUUCACUUUUACAUGUAUACACAGUUAUAGUUCGUUGUAUAUCUUCUUUUUGGUACGGGUGUUGCAUAUCUUUUAAAUAAUCCACAAUACCCCUCCAUCUGAAGGUUGCAAGGUGAAUGUUAGUGUAGGACUCCCCUUGACGUGGCAGUUGGGCUUCCACCUAAUGGUGAUUGGAGUGAUGCUAAAAACCUCUAGUUAUUUAAAUUUGCAUAGGGAUUUUGGAUAGCGCGCAAGUAACUCUUUUUUCUUUAUUUUUCACAAUAUCCAGUCUGUUUGUGUAGCUUAAUGUCCAAAACCGUAACCAUCUUCACUUCCAUCUUCCUUUCUUCAGUUCUGGGAAUCAACGUCACUAUCCUCGCUGGACACUUCUGGAAUUGGAUCGGCCUCAAGCAGCGCCUCUUCAUCCUCUGUGUCUUCGACCCCUGUCUCUGCCUCUCGGAGCCAUAAACGUUCUGUAUCUGGAAUAUCCAGCUAUUCUUCCCUAUCGCUUCCUCUCUACAACCAGCAGAUAGACGAUUGUUGCAUUAUCCGGGUCAGCCUAGAUGUGGACAAUGGCAACAUGUAUAAAAGCAUUCUGGUAAGAGACAUUGUUUGCUCUAUCAUAACCUUUUAUAAUGAGUAAAUGUGCUAGAAUGACACCUGUUACUAUUAACUUCCAAAGUUUAUGAUGCAAGUGUAAUAAGAAAGGCCAUGUUAGUGAUUGUGUUUGUAUUGAAAAAACACAAGCUAAUAGCAGGUAAUGCCAUGCUUUAUUUUAAACUAUACUUUCAUUUAAAACCUUUUUAAAGUAUGUUUUUUUUCCCCAUGUCUACAUCGGUUAUUCAAUAAACUGUGAAUGAUUUAGAAAUUUAGACAAAUAGUUUAACCCAAAAAAUAGCUAUGCUGGAUUGUCUUGUGUUUUGGGUUAAAUUGUGAAAUUCCCUGGUAAAUUGCCAAUGUUCCUGGUUUAGUGGAUAACCCUGUUAGUUGUAAAUCGAAGUAUAGAUUAUGACUGUUUGUUUAUUUCAAAGGUGUUAUGAAUUUUGCUAAGCUUCCACUGAAAAAAUGCAAAACUGUUCAUAAAAUGACUCUGGACUCACUAGUAAAAAAACAAAAACAUUAAACUUUGAAUAGAUAUUACUCUUUGCUUUAUGGAUAGAGAACCAUUAAUAUGUUAAAGUGGCACUGUCAUGCCAAACUUACCUUUAUUUAAUUGCUUCCUCUUCUCCCUCUUUCAGGAUCUGUUUUCUGUUUCUUCCUAUUUGAUCUAGUUUUUUUUAAAACGUAAGACAAAGUAGAGACUACUUUGUCUUAUGUAUUUUUCCUACGCCUGACCAGCGGAGGAACAAAGUUUGCUCCAUUUCCUGUGGUCAGAGCAAUUUCCCACAAUUCUCACCUUUCCUCCUUGAUCUCGCAAUGCUUCCUGUCAGUAUUCCCGAACGUCCUGUCAUUUAGACAGAACGCUGGCGAAACUACCGAAUUUCUUCCUAACACAAUGAAAACAGUUUGUUCAUUCAUGUUAGGAUGACAUUCAGUACUUUUAGGUCAGUUUGAAAUUUUAUUCGACUGAAUGAAAUUCCGAUCCGAUCCGUGCUGCGGCUGCAUCCCACGGUAUUAGGGAGCUAUCUAUCUAAAUUGGUCUUUCAGCCAACUUCACUAAGACCAAGAUUACUUAGUAUUAGUGAUUAAUCUUCCCCUACUCGCUAUAUCGUGAGUAGGGGCAUGUCUAGUAAACAGUGAGCAGCCUGUGCUGUGUAAUUUGACUCCUAACACUCUGAUUAACCAGUCAGAGAGUUAUGGGUCAAAUUACACAGCAUGGGAAAAUUCCAAAGAUGUUUCCCACGCUGUGUAAAAUGACUCAGAGCGCUUUGAUAGGUAAAUGUUGAGACUUACCUGUCAGUCUCUUCAUUUACCUGUCAGAGCACUCUGAUCGGUUGGCUUAAACCAACAAUCAGAGCGCUCUAAGUCAAAUUGCAGGGCGUGGGCUGGCUUUAUAAGCCCUUCCCCGCCCUGCGGAGCUCAGUCUGCGCCAUGCCCUCGCUGGGUGAAGAUGGAAUAUUUUUUAUUUUACAAGUUUGACGGGUAUUAUGUUUUUUUUAAUUUGGCCUUUUUGGGGGCUGAAAAAAGGUUUUAGAAAAAAAGAAAACAUCAAAUGGUAAGUACUUUUUUAUUUACAGGUAUUUAGUUUUAUCUCCCCCCCUCACUAUUUUUAGGGUGAGGGGAGUAGGUAGGGCUUUAUUUAAUUUUAUUUGGGUGGGGGGAGACUAGGGCCUUGGGGACGAAUGAAUAGAUGAAAUUCCCGAAGUGAAUGCCAAACUGUUUAACUGGGCAUGCGCGGGAAUUUCACAGCGCUAUCUAGUGUGGGCAGAUGACGUGUCCCACAGGGACGUCAUCUACCCACACAAAGAUGGAGCCACCCAGGACCUAGGUCCGGGCACAAAAUAAAGAUAAAAAAAAUAGGUAAUACGGGGGGCUUAGGGGCAUUUGGAAGGUGACUAGGUGGACAAUUAGAUGUAGUGGAGUCGGGACGGGGUUUAAAAAAAAAAAAAUGGAUUCGGCCAUGACAGUGCUGCUUUAAGUAUAAUGCUUUUAGACAAACUAAAUAAUGAAGGUGUAGACUACAAAAAGUAAAAUGGCAAUCUUUCAUUGUCAAAUCCAUUAUCUUAAAAUCUGUGCGUUUUUUGUUUGGUUAGAGGCAGCAUUGACAAAACAUAAGGCUCCCUGGUGAUUUGUGGAUCCGGCUGUAAUGUGUGGUUUUCUAUUGGAUCAGCAUGAUCUCACCGUCAUCAAAUGUAGUUAAUAUAUUAUAAAAAUAAACAUAUAGAGGAACCUUUAUAGAUACAUGUUUGUAUAAUCAUAUUUUAGAUCUCCUGCACUGAACAAAAAAUAUUUUUAAUAUAUUCAAUUUAACUGGCAGACUUCAUUUUACAGGUCGUUCUUUAAGUGUUAGUCCAAGCAUCAUGACUACUUCAGUGAGCUUUACCCCAUUGCUGCCGGAGUAGUGUAGUAACGGCAGCAUAUUUGGGGUAUCAAUAGCCAGCCCAGAUCAAUUCUGUAAGGAAGAGUUCUGGCUAAUGUAAAUUCUGUGCACAUUUUCAUGCACAGUGUGCUAUUUAUUAGCUCAUAGCCCUUCACCGAUGAAUAGUGAUUGUAUCGGCUUCUGCAGCUGUGUUCUGAGGCUCAUAGCACAUCACCAUGGAUGCUAGGAGCCUAAGAGCAAAUCGGAAGGCAGAUGAAGGGCAAACCGUCGCUAAACGGUUUGCCCUGUUACUGGGGAUCCGGGCUAAGAUACUCCUCACUUUAUGGUUAUGAUGCUUGGGGUAAACCUUUCAUUUAGUUUUUGUUGUCUUCUUGUGCUUCUUUGACAUUUUUUGUACAGACGCUUGUUCUCAUGUUCUCCAUGAUUUUUUUUCCUUCCCCCUCUUAAGGUAACGAGUCAGGACAAGACCCCUGUAGUAAUCAGGAAAGCGAUGGCCAAACACAAUCUAGAUGGGGAGCGCUCAGAGGAUUACGAACUUGUUCAAAUCAUAUCUGAGGAAAGAGGUAUUUGCCAAGCAGCGGAAUUUGUACCCCAAGUAUUAAUGUUGUCACAAAGCAUAUAAUAGGGCAAAGACUGAAAGUAUGUGAAAAUAGAUCAUAGCUAAACUUCACUAAGAUACACCUGUUCUUCAAUAAUCUAACUAGUUUCUGAUUCUGAAUCAGAAAUGUUUUGUGUUUUCAAUGCAUCUGUUUUUAAUAAGAGCCAGUGAAAUUAAAAUAUGCUGAUAUAUUAUUGAUGUAUUUCUUUUGUCCUCAUCAGAACUGAAGAUCCCUGACAAUGCCAAUGUAUUUUAUGCCAUGAACUCGGGAGCCAACUAUGACUUUGUGCUGAAAAAACGCGGCUUCUCUAAAGGAGUCAAGAUUAAACAUGGUUCGAGCUCCACUUUGCCACGUAUGAAGCAGAAGGGACUCAAGAUUGCUAAAGGCAUUUUCUGACACGUGAAGCAUCUUGUAUCCCCAACAGGAUUUUGGAGGGACUCAAGUAUAGCACUUACAGCUGCACUCCAAGGCAAAAUGCGUUGGUUGUGUAAAUGUCAAACGCCACAUGGCCCAUAGCAACUAUUCUAUACACUCCAGCUGUCUCUCGCCUUUAACUGUGAAGAAAGAGGAAACUACAAGAAUUACCAGAAGUGGAUUUAUAAUCUUCUUCCCAUAACUGGAGUUACCGUGUGUGUGAGACACAACAUGUUCCCUCUUCCCGGUCUUCAAGCAUGCCAACAGGACCCAGAAUUCGCCUCCAUGCCUUAGGUGCCUUCCAGAGAAGGGGUUGAGAAGAUGAGCUUUUCUUUCAAAAAGACAGUGAAGAAUGAAGAUGAACAGCUUGUUCUAUCCCCAGGGAUCCAGUAUUAACAUAGGAUGUGAACUGAUCAAAACUUUGAAGACUUGUGAUUACACAUUCGAACAAAAUUAUAAUCUGUAGCUCUCUCUCAAUGAUGAUGAAGGAUACAGAUACUUAAGGCUUUAGGGGCAAUGUCUUGGAGUUGUGCCUCUUUGUAAGCCACUUUCCCUCCUAUAGGGAAAUCACUGUAAAUGUUAACUUCUCUUACCUUUGGAUACCGAAACAGAUCUCUGUGGGUUUUAUACAAUGGACUUUCAAAGCACUUUUUUUUUUUUUUUUUAAAGAAAAAAGGAGCCUUUUUAAACCUGAUGGAGCUGGAAGUAACUGUAAUUAUUUUGCGUUAAAGAUCUUUUUAUCGCUGCAGGGUUGAUGAUAUACGCCAGGCUAACUUGGCCAGACAUAAGGACAGAGGUGGCGGAGAUGGAAUUUGGCAAACAAAUUUUGGCUUUGGCUCUUUCCAAUCUCCCCUCCGCUCACCUAUACCAAUCCAGCAUUUCAAACCACACCAAAGAUGAUACUCCGGAAAAAUAAAACAAACAAAAAAAACAGGAAAACUGUUCAUUUUUAAAGUUUUUUGCAAGAAAACCACAAAAUAUCAAAUAUCCUUACACCUUCCUUGGUCAGAGAGGAAAACAGCACUUUUUGUCUCUCCAAUGUCUUAUUUUAUGGGACAGCAAAAGUGUUAAAUGAGUUAUCGUCAAAUGUACAUUUAUAUAUAUAUAUAUAAUAUAUAUAAUUUUUUUGUAAAUAUUCCCCACCACCGAUUAUCUAUUGUGCCGUCAGAAAAAUAAGUAUUUGGGGGCCAUAUUGACAUUUUAAACCGUUCCUCAGCAGUGACUGUGAUCACUCGCUGUGAGUCACAUCCGUGGGAAGGUUUUUUUUUUGUUAUUUUAUGUACAAAAUGAAUAUUUUUUCUAACUUUUUUUUUCUCUUUAUAAAUAUUUAUUGGUUGUAAAUAGAUGCUAGACAAAUUACACAUUUAUUAAUCUGUGAUCAAUUUUCCUUUUUCUUGAUGCCUUUUGUUUACUGUAAAUAGUGUGAAAACUGCGCAAAAUCCCUGUUAGCCUAUAUACAUAUAUAUAUUUUUUUACGAUUUAACCUACUCAGUGCUAGGACAGCAUGUAGUUUAUCUCAAUACAUUUCAAGCAGUUAUAGCAAUGAAAGGGUUAAAUUUCUUUUUCCUAUUAUCAAAAAAAUAAAUAAAAAUUAUACAGGCUCGCAAGUAGCCGGCGGCAGAUUCUCAUUGGUCUGCGUCUCUGGAGGGUUUCAAAUCGUCGCCAUGAUGUAUGCAGUUGAAGAGAUGGUUCAUGCUUCGGCUUAUCUUUAUAUUAUAUACAGAAAAAAAAACUCAUCGUCUUUUUUUAGUAGAACCAAGAAUAGGUAUUAUCAGUUUUUCUGGUGACAAGUGAACGUGCAAAACCAGUUCACGGGUAUUUCCAAGAAAAUUGUCACUAUGACCUAACUGCUUUUACCAAUACAUUUGUAAGCUGAUGCCUUCAUUUACAUAGCCAAACAUUGCUCUGCCCUGUUGGAAUAAGCAGCACAGUUGCAAAUAGGGAUCCUUUAAAUGUGUGCACAUUGUCAUGAAAUACAUUGUUUUGUAAAAACAUUAGAUUCCAUGAGUUUAUUGAAUCUUAGCAGCCAUGACUGAAGUUAUUUGAAUUGUUUGUUUGCUGCUGUGAAAUCCUGCUUCCAGGGCCACACACCUUCUUGAGAAUCCAUAUCUGUUCCUAAACAAGUUUUUCUCCUCUAGUCCUGUGGUUGCCAACUCAGUUCUGAAGACACACCAACGUUACAAGUUUUGUUAGCAUCCCUACUGGAACAAAACUGGGAACUCCCUAAAUUCUGCACUGUGAGUUGGGAACCAUUGCUCUAGACUUCCACCAUAUGUAUCAGUAAUUUUAUUUCACGUCUGUAAGGUCUAUCCUAGCAGAUCAUAAAGUUAAAUGUUCUUGCUUAUACAAGUGAAUUUCCAACAAGAGAUUGCCCUGGGUUUAUCGCCUGCUUAUUUUGAUUGCUGGAAAACAUUUUAACUUGUUUACAAAGCAAACCAUUGUUUCUUGCAGAGAAGAACAUUCUACCUUUAAUUUGCAUUACAUGCAACCAGGUACAAUGUUUCCCUGAGACUGGACUUCAGCUUCCAGAAUGUAUAAUGUUCCACCUAUAACUUGUUGCGCCUUAAAUUCUCCUUUCCUCCAGUCCUUGAGACUUUUUUUUUUUUUUUCAUGGAAACGUGGCCAAAAAUAUCAAUUUUGUUUUUCCAGUAUGCACAGGAGGAGGAUAGGAUCUAGAGUUUACACAGAAUUCAAUUCUCAACAUGUUUACCUGCCAUAGCUUGAAUCUUAAGCUCCCUUCUCACAAGUGCCAAUCAGUUCAGCAGGGAAUUAUGUUAGAAGGGUAAUGCUUAGCUAUACCCUGAGCAUUGCAUUAUGGAACUUGUAGUUCUUGGCUUAGCUUUGUAGAUUCAGACCUAUUUCCAGUAGGCUAUACCAAACGUAUUUCUGCUAUAGCAGUAAUAGAGUGAUAGAGAGUGGAGAAAAUGCUGGGACCCUGUGCUUCAACUUUCAUUACAUAUACUUGAGUUGACACUUUCCGUAAUAUAUCAUAGGAUCAUGUUUGGAGAAUUGGUCCAGCAGUGAUGAUGUAACGAGUUAGGCAACACUAUCUUGUCUCGGAUAACUAUUGUUGCAAUAUAAUUUUAUCCUAUACACAAAUGUUUGCUCCCCUGCAAAUUUUUGUACUAACCCCUAGAAUGUGCCACAUAUAGUCUUGUAGAGCAUUUUGGGAGCUAAAUACCCAAAAUACCCAAGAGACUGCAAUUUCCCUAUCCCUGCUAUACAUUAACCCCUUAAGGACCAAACUUCUGGAAUAAAAAGGAAUCAUGACAUGUCACACAGGCCAUGUGUCCUUAAGGGGUUAAACUCUUUUGUAAUACAUGCCAAUACUUAAAACAUGUGCAACCAUGUCACUAAUUCUGACCAUCCCAUGAGGAUUUCAGCAUUUUCUAAACUGAACACAUUUGAGGCAAAACAUUGAAUUGCGACAACUUGUUGUUUUGGGCUGAAUUUUUUUUCUCUGUCAGUUUCUCCACAAUUCCCUAGUUACGGAGUCUCGUUGUUAACAAAAAAAAAAAUGAAAAAAAAUACUAUCUGUAAAAUAAAUUAAAUUAUCCUUAAAAUCCAGUAUACUUUGUCUUUAGUUAUACCCAAAAGAGGACAGUAGUCUUACUCGGUCAGAAAUCUUCUUAAAAAUAGAUGACUAAAUAGUUGUUUUGUUUUUUUAACAUAACCUUGUAUGUGAAUAAACAGGCUUCUCAAAACAGCAUUCACUCGUAACACUUUGUGAACGCAGAUGAGAUCUUAUAUGUGCCUUUUUAAUGGGAGACCAUUGUAUGGCAGUUUUAAAUAAUACGGCUAGAAAUGAUUCUGUAUUCAUGUAUCUUGUUGAUAGACUGGAAGCUUUGGGAUGGCAAUGUGGUUGGUUAUGGAAGCAGAGGCAUUAGUUUAUGAAUGAGGUGGUAUAUAUUCUUCCCCACUGUGAAAAUAUACAACCAUCCCCUGUCUAUCACUAUAAAGCAAGUCUGUCAGGUCUUACAGCGUGAAAAAGGAAGGCCAGAGGUAGACUACACUUUUUGUAUCUUUUUAAACUGCAUAGUUUAGAGAGAACAGUUCGGGUCAAAGGUCUAGAAUGGAGCUAUCCACAUUUUUCUUUCAAUUUUCCUUUGUGCCAAUAAGAGAAUCCAUUAAGGCGUUAGUCCAUCCAUCAUAACAAAUACAACCUGUUUUUCAACAUUUUGCUUACUUAUUCUGGUCAAGCCAGGCUGCUGGUUUUCUGGGAAGCUUGGUUUACAGAUGUCGAUCCUUCCGUUUAUUCCUUGGCUGAGAGCAUCAGAUUUGAAAUUAACCAGCCCAGAACUCUUGUUUCAGGCUGGUUUAUGACAUCCUGGGACGCUAUCUGAGGGGAAGUUACACCUAAUGGCAGCAAAGGAGUUAAACUCAGUAUGUGCAACGUUUCAAAGCAAAACGUUGAACAGACUGACUUCCGGCACCAUGGCCACUUGAAAUCACUGAAGCGAGGUCAUGGUACUUAUAGUAACAUUUCAAGGUAUAUAAAUCUCAAAUAAGACGUUACACCAGAGUUAGGCAAACUUCAGUGCUCCAGAUGUUGUGGACUACAUCUCUGCUGUUGCUCUGCCGUGCCGAAAGUUGCCUACCCCUGGUUUUAUACCAUUUUUACAUGCAGAUCUUAUUGUUUUAUGUAUGAACAAUAUAUUCUUUACUGAUUUUGUAUUGUAUUUAGAGGGUGUGUACCCCUUUGAGGCACAGAGCAUCAUGUGAUACAUGUGGAUAUUUUGGCCAAAUGCAAACACUCUUUGAUCACUUAGCUGGCAAAUUGCUACAAUGAAUGUGUGGGUUCCAAUACCGUUUCAAAGGUUGUACACCACAUGCAUUUCAAUCUGAUUUAAAUCCGAAGGACAGGAGGCAAGGUCAUAUGACAUUCAUGUGUGAAAUUUGUUAUUCAGUUUACUCAAAUUGAGGCGAUCACAAAAAUAACAAAAUUAAUAAUUAAAUAACGAAGAAUGGUCUCUAAUCACUGCACUACUAGUGACAGAGGAGAGCAAGUAUAUAAACUUCUAAAGCAAAGGUAUUUAAACCUCUAAAGCAAAGGCCAAAAGGCAGGCAAACCAUUAUUGGAGUUGUAGUUAACGUAGAGAGAGCUGUAAUGUCUAAAUUGGGGUAAUGAACGGAUAACUUUUCAGGAACCGCUGAACUACAGCAACUACCGUAAGGGCAGUCCAUAUUUGGUCUGUCUGGAACUUGUAGUUCACCAAUAACUGAAGAGCCACCUGUUGCACAAGGUAGCCUUACCUGUAAAUCAGAACACUAUAAAUGUGGAACGCGAAGAAAAUUACCUGCCUUGUCUCUUUUUUUCAGUUUUUUUUCUUUAUAAUUUGAAGUGCAAUCCUUUGGUGUAGAAUGCGUUUUGUUAGUAUGUCCGUACGCGCGUGUGUGGAUCUGUGGGACUACACCGUAAGGUGUUAACGUUUACACUUAUUCCUGUCUCUGAUUGUAUGUUGUGUAUUUUGUAACUGGACUAAAAUGAAGGAGACUGUUCUAACAGGUCAUUGUACACAAGCAAUGUGAAAUAGUAUUUGCAAUAAAUGACAACACUCCAAAAAAAAAAUCUAAAUCUGUGUCCUGUUGUUUCCUGAUUGAAUCUUAGUAGUUACAUAGACUGAAGAGAGACUUGCCUUAAUCAAGUUCAGCCUUACUUACAUCUGUUUUUGCUGUUGAUCUAAAAAAUCCAGUUUGAUGCACUUUCCAAUUUUGCUACAAACUAGGGGGAAAAUCCUUCUCAGCGCCAGAAUGGCAGUCUGAUCUCUCCUUGGUCGAAGAAGCUGUUACCCCACAUAAUAAAAAUGAUAUCCCCGAAUCUUCUGUUUUUGCAAGCAUUCAUCCAGUGCUGUUUUUCUAAAAUAGAGCGG